AUGGAGCAACAUUCGGAUAAGCAGAUACCCUGUAAGGUGCGCAGGUUUGUCCGUGAACGGCAAAACAUCAUCACAGAUGUGUCAAACCCAAGUGAAUUGAUCGAACCUUUGAGCGACGUAGUCGAGCUUUUUCUGCGAGGGUCUCUGCAACCCGCGAAAGUUCCUCUUGAAAAACGAGCGGUCCUGAAGGCUGAGUUUGUAAACAACCACUUUGUGAGGUUCGCUGAAUGUAUUCUUUCUUCGCCAGUGAUUGGAUUUUACAGUGGUUUCAGCGAAGAACAGAAAAGGGAGCUGUUUGAUGUGUUUUUCGUCCGUGGUCCCUCUCACGACAGUUUACUUGUCUUAGGGGAAGUACUUUCUAAGAAAACCACCAAUCAUAAAAACACUAAAGUGGUAGUCUCCAUCUUAGAGAAGUUUUGCACUGAAGGAAGGUUGGUUGACAUUUUUGUACAGCAAUGCCAGGUGUCUAGGUCUUCGGAAAGUGCGUCUUUAAAAUUCAGUCAAUCUGAAUUUGAAAGCAAGUUAUGGAGACAGCUUAUCACCAUAAUGGUUUCCCUUCCUCAGAGAGUGGCAAACAAGAUGAGACAGAAGUGUAGCUCACUGUUCUACCCAGAGCCGUACUUUAACAUGUUUGCUGAGCAGAUUCUCAAGGCAUUAGAAAAGUUGCAUGACAACCUGUCAAUGUCAUGCGAUUGCUCAUUUAAGUUCCUUGGAGAGGUGAUUGGGAGAGUUUGUAUGGCAGGACAAGCAGAGACUACAUUUGCCAUUUUGUUACCAGCAUUGGAGAAGUGGCUGCAGACAAGUCCACUUUGGAAUAGAAUUUGUGCAAGACUAAUUACUGGUGUCCCGGACCACACCAUGGAACAUGUUGCAGAAGGACUUCUCAAGUCAGCUAAAAACCCCAUGUUAAUAGCCAAGUUACUAGGUGACUCAAUUCUCACCAGCUCUAAACUCAAGUACCUGCUUACUACCAAGUUUCUGUUGAUGAGGUGCUAUUCUAACAUCAAUGUACUUCACAACAUUAUUGGAUAUUUAUCUGGUUGUAAGCGCAGGCAUUUGUUAGUGGAAACACUCCUGAAACUCUUUGAUGUAUGGGCUGAUAAAAGUGCGAUUAAACAUGCAACGUAUGAUCAGCAUUUUUACAUCACUUGUGCUGUUGUUCUUUCAUUCAGUCAUUUGAGUGUAGAAGAGAAGGCAUUGCAAAAGCACGCUUUACUUACAAAGUUGUUGGUUGGUGUGCAAAGUCAUCUGGACAGCCCCUUGGAAAAGGUACGACGUCUUGGAAUGGUGGUUGCAGAAUGUGUCACAUCUAGUCUUGAACCCACUGGGGAGAAACUCAAGUUUGAUUAUGCUGAAGAUGAUGACACUAAACUAUUACAUUUGUUAGCAAAAGGCUUGCAGGAGGGGAUGGACAUGGGAAGGGUGAAGAGUGGGAAGAGUUGGAAAGAGUGUAAUGGCAAUCCAGAGAAAAACAAGGAAACAGAAACAAAUGGGAUUUCAAAUCCAGAACAUGCCAGUUCUUCCCAAAAGAGUGCCCAUGAGAAUGAUGGUGAUGCCAGUGAUGAUGAUGAUGAGUUGUUGCCAUAUGACCUUGAUGAUGAAGAGGAAAGAGAUAGCAACUCCUAUUCUCCUAAGCAUUUACGCGACUGCAUAGAUGGCCUUAUAGCAUCAGAUGAUCCACCUAAGACAGAAGGGUCACUUAAAGCUUUACAGAAGCUCAUUAAUGCUGGCUUAGAUGAUCUUGAAGAUGUUAGUAUAGAAUUGGUUAAAUUGCUGCUUCACCUUCAGGACAAAUACUCCACUGAUAAGUUUUGUGAGCUCCGCCAUAAUGCCAUGGUAUCAGUUACCAUUAGGUGUCCUCAGCAAAUUGCAUGUUAUUUGACAGAAGAGUUUUUUGCUCCCAACUACAAUCUCCAACAACGCAUGGACAUGUUAAAUGUUCUUGCUGAUGCCGCACAACAACUCUCAGCUCCUGCAGAAGUUACCAAGAUGAGAGCAGUGCCAAGAAAAUUUUCAUUCCCUCAAGCAGCUUCUGCUAAAAUGCCAGAAAUUAUUCCAGAGUGGCAGAAGAUUGUACAAGAGAGAAUAAACAGUAAGACAAAGAGGUUUGUCAAAGGGCCAACCAAACCACAGCCCCUAGCUGUUGCUAAUAAGUUUGCUGGUGUUGCUGGUUUCUUUUUUUUCCCUUUGAUGAAAAACUUUGACAGUAAGGUGAACACAUUAGAUCUCUUGGGUGGAGAUACUCUUGUCCUUGGACGUCUUAUUUACACCCUUGGAAUAAUCAUGUACUCUGCCCGGGAAACACCUAUCGCAAGAAACAUGGGGACAGCACUGUUAGAAUUUACCUGGGCAUUAAAAUAUCAUCAAGAGCCAUUUGUGCGACAGUCACUGAUCUUUGCUCAGGCCAUGGUUGCAGUUUCUGUUCCAUCUUCAUCUUUGGUGAAUGAUGCCCCUGGGGAACUGUUUGAGCUUCAUGACUGGUUGAAGAUGAUUGUUCAGAAUGACAGUGAUGCUGACAGUGUAAAGUCUGCUUUACAGACACUUGUUUUGUUAGAAGAUCUUUUCAAAAAUGAAGUGAUUGUUCAUGGCUGAUCCUGUUGACAUUGAUUUGGGUUUUUUUGAUGAAGAUUGUAUGAAUUACUGUUUGUUCUGAUACAAUAAUAUUAUAUUCUUGGUUCAAAUCUUUUGCUCUUUGUUCCUGGCUCAUUAUCGUACGUUACCAUUCCAAAGCACAAAGGAAAAUAAUGUUUUAAACCAAUUACCCAGUGGUCUGAAAUUAUACCACAACAUAUUCUCUAUGUUCUUUGAAUGAAUUAUGCUAAGAGAUACAGCCGGUGAACCAUUGUUGUUAGCUUGGCGGUGGGAUGAUUUUACACAUUGUGAACAUAUCUUGAUAGACAACUGUUGAUCUGUAUUCACUUUUCAUCUGGGUUACCAUUUACUGUUGGAGGUAAGUUAGGUAUAAGAACGAACUGGAGAAUGCUCACAAAUUCUUUUUUAUGUUCUGUGUCAUUGUUUUGAAGAGAACUGUAACAAAGUGUCAUUCUGACAUGUGCAAUACAUACAGAGAAAAAUAUAUUUUUUAUUAUUUUGCUCUGUUUAGCCUUUCUUGGAGUAUCAAGGGAAUAAAAUAUACAGAAAUUUAAUAAAAAUUAAAUUACUUUGGAUCAAAUUUUGGUCUUAAGUUUUUUUUGAUUGGAGAGGUGUCUGGAAUGAAGCCCAAGUGACAUCUGCUAAAGUGCUAUAUCCUACUUCCAGUUUUUCUUGUAUAUGAUUGUGAAUCAGCUAUAUUCCGCAUAUUAGCUCAGCAAUCACUUACAAUAGGGGCCUUAUUUCUUGCAUCCCUUCAAUUUUGGGAACAACUUAACAGGAGUCAUCAGAACCUUGAUCAAACAAGAUUGGAUUAACCCCUGUAGCUCACUUAAUGACAAAAGGUUAGGGAUAGGGUCACAGGAUGGAGUUAAUUCAGUGAGGUCUGAUCCAGGUUUUUCAUUCUGACUCAACUUAGGUGAUUAUUUUCUUUGGAAUCCUACCUAAACUUGCCUACAUGACAGGCACUAUUUAGCUGAGCAUCAGGGGUGAACAUGCCUGGUUUUCACUAGCGCAUAAGCAUAAGCAUAAGGACAUACACACACGCAGAAUGGCAUAUUUGACUCAAUUCUGGAUACCAGCUCUCCUCAACCCAGUGAAAAACAAGAUAGCGGACGAAGACAAUGUCCUUGUGGUUCUCACUAAUCAAAGGGAGGCCACGGGAAACAGUUUUGUUUUUGCCGAUAGUCCUGAUGUUUCCUUAGGUGAAGUCAAGGGGAACAUCAGCUCUCGAGGGAAAACAAAACUAACUGGUUUCCCAAGGAAACUGACAUUAAGUGUGUUGUUACAUUUCUAGAUUUUCACUUCAACAGCGACAAAAGAAUGACCAAAGCAAAUCAAAACAGUCAAUCCAGCUCUUAUAAGAACGCAAAUUUUAUUCUAAAGACCACUUAAUGAAUUAUUUACAAAGUAGUUUCCUUAUAUCAUCUGCAUCUUUACUUCCACUAGCUGCUGUUUCUCUACAGGGAUAACUUUGAAAAUCAGGCUUUUUAAGCUUGAGCCUUAAAUUAAAGUUUGUGUUGUGGACCCCAUGUUGUGUUCAUUCCCUAAAGUGAAAACUGGCAUUGUUUUUCCCACCUUCUGUCAAGCCACGGUCCACCAUGCUUUGAUCAUCUGCGGACUGAUGUAUACCGAGCGUGGUACAAUUAUUGCUUGAAUGUAUCACAACUGGGAUACAUUUGAUUUUAGUCAAGGCCAUGUGACCAAGAAUCAACCAAUGGCAGUUCCCAUUUAGUUGAGUGAAAGUCUAGGAAUAUAACAAUGACAAAUAGUGGAUACCUAUCCUGUGAGCAGGCAGGCUCAGGAGGUGUAGUUCAAAGAGGGGAGGGAAAAGAGGGCAGGCUUUUAUUAUCCCAUCAUUCUUGACCCCCAACUGUUGACAACUUGCUUGCCAGCUAGAAGAGACCAAGUCCUGUGGUGGAUAUUAAACCAUCCACUCCCAUCCCAUCCUCCAUCCUCCUCUGCUUCUGGAAAAGAUCAACAGAUAAUUCUCUUGAAGGGACUGUGGUGAUUGAAAGGGGAACCUUAGUUUUGCUCUGUAGUCCUGUUCAAAGGGAAAAUGAGGGUGUACUGGCUUUAGGCUGCCCAUUUCCUCUAAUAAUUUGGUGGUUGUGAUAUGGCCUUGCAGUUUCCAAUUUAGCUUAGAUAUGAUUUGAUUGAAAACAUUAUAGAAGUGGGAAAAAAGGUGGUGGGUAGAAAAUGAAGACUGAUUACUGAAGACCCAAAAACAAAGACCCCCCUCAACAUCACUCUGAAUGGCUAAUUUGAGCUGAGAUGUGUUAGAAAUAACAGUAUCUUUAAUUAUUAUUUUGACCAGGGUUUUUGUUUUCUACAAACCCAACCAAAAGUAGAAAGCAAAGACCUCCUCUCAAAAUCACUUGGUAAGCGCAUACCUGACAUUGACACCGUCCCGUCACAUACCUACUCAAGAACACUUGCCAUUUUUAAGUAGGAUUUUAUCAAAAAGUAACCCUCUUGGGCACAGUCUCCCUCCCAGCAGGCCUUUAUGAAGUAAGACCGCAAUAUGAAAUGAAUCACACACUACCAACUCCGCAGUAUGGAGUACCCGCCCCUCCCUCCCUCCAGGGGAACUGGAGACAUUGAUUGGUGUCUUUGAUAGCCUGGGAUCAUACCUGCUCCCUAGCAUGCAGGUUUUUUCUUCCCAUCCUUCCCAAAAAGAUGCCUGGUAAUGUCAUGGAGUUCUCCCUACCAAUCAUAAUUACAGGAACAUUUUGCCAUUACUGCAUGGGUGGAUUUUAGGGGUGAGCCAAGGGGGCUGCAGCCACCCUUUUUCCUUUGAAACGUUGUAUUAUUUUCAUAGAAUUCCGUCGCAGAGAAAUAAACAGUAUCUAGAAUAGAGCCGUUAUGUGUCCUGGCCACCUCUUUCUGAAUUUUCUGGAUUUGCCCCUGUACUGUGAAAGACUGCCGUUGAACUAGGCCGAAAACACUGUCAAACUGAGAUUAAAAUUUGUAAAUGAAAUUCUUUGUAAAAAAUUGGACAUUCGUAACAUUCGUGAAGGUUUUAAAUUUAAACUUUGUCCAAGAAAUGCCACAAAGAUCAAAACACCUCCCCGGCUGUCUGCCACACCUUUCCAAGUCGAGGCUGAAGCGCAUGCGCGUAGCCCAAUCCAAAAUGGCGUCCAAACGAAAGGGUGUAUGGAUAUGGUUGCCUACAUGACAUUCCAGCUCAAGAAAUGUCCCGUCUUGCAGAUUAUUUUGUCAUUUGUGGAAUAGACAGGGACUCAAAGAAUGGUAAAAGCGCUUUAAUUGCCCUUGGUUGGGCAUCUUUAAGCAAAAAAUGUUAAACAAACAUUGCACGCCUCUGGAAAGUUCGCGACUUUCUCACCGACGACCUUUCUCCCUGUCUUUACUUUUCAGAAGAAGUUGGAGGAAGAGUGAUUCAGCGCUUCCCAAGUAAAGAUCGCAAAGAUGCAGCCUUUCCAGAAGGAAUUGAACUGGUAACCCUAUUUCUUUUGAAAGCCGGCUAAAUUUCUCCUCGUACAAGUUUCACGUAAUUUCGCGGAAGCUUUGCGAAGCACAAUUCAUAAUGCUCUCAUUUCAUUCUUUUGUCAAGCAUCCGUUCAAAUCUGCCUAUUCUUACACUUACUUUGAGUCUUCAUGCGUAUUAAAAGGAAGCCAUUUGUAAAAGUGAAGAAUUACAACUUGCGUUUUCAAGUUCUUUCCAAGUGUUACUUGGGUGGAAUCUUUUCAACUGCAUGAAGUGGGUUCGCGUAAUUAUGAUACAAUUGCAUGGAAUUGUUAGUCUUUCGAUCAUGCUGACCUGUUGUAAUCUUUGACUUGUAAGACGCCUAAAAGACGAAUGAGGGGAAAGUUCUGCGUUGCUUAAAAGCCACGACGCCAGUAGUUCUAGUUUACGUAAUACUGCUCUUAGCUACGUUUACUACCGGUAUAUUUCAAAAUGUUUGCCUAGUAAUAUUGGAUGUUCCUGCUCAUGAUUUUAAUCAUUUAGCGGCUUAAAACUUAUCUUGUUUUAUUGUUGUUAAAAUGGUUUUUAUGUGGAUCUCUUCCUGUGAAUUAAUCUCGCUGAAUGAUGCAGUGUAUCGAAUUGGUUUGAAAUUGUUCUUCUUUCCAAAACAUAACUGUUAAGUAUGCACUUGUUCCUGUAGUGUAUGAAUUUCAAACGGACAUUUUAUUCACUGUUUUGUGUCAAGGCACAAUAUUUGCUCCGGUUUGUUUGCAUUUUAUUAAUCUUUCACUGUCUGUUGGUGUUGAUCUUAUUUCAAAAUCCUUUCUCUAACCUACAGUGAGAUGAAUUUCUUGACAUCUUAUUAGAUGUUAUCAGUGUCUCUUGUUUAUUUUCAAUGAUGAUCGAUUUGUACUUAAUUUCCUUGGCCUUUUUAGUGGGCUCUUUGCACUUCUAGUUUCCUGCACAUUCUUAAACUAUUUUUUGUCUUUUACUAUACUGCACCUUAAAGGUAUUCUUGUUGUGUACAGAGAAAAAAGACUUGCAUUACAAUACUUCCAUCAAAGUGCUUGCUCCAGAAAUUCAUAGUUUGUACUUUAAGUCACUAAUAAACAGUCAAACAUUUCCAUCCAAUAUCAUCUUAAAAGCUAAGAGCAUGUCUGACAGUUUAGAUGUUUCUUAACUUGGCAUUAUUUUUACGUUGCCCUUUUGGUUAGAUCAAAAUUAAUAUUUUUGUCCAACACAAAGUGUGAUUUUAUCAUUUAGCCACUUUUGCUAACGAAGCAAGCCAAAGGGGGAAAAGCAACCAAUAAGACACCAAGUCGUUAACUCUCAGGGGCCAUGCUCAGAAAGUGUUGUGUGAGCUCGCUUUGUUUUAUGUCUUUUUCGAACAUUGUGCACCCAUUUAGCCAUGCAGUGUCGUAUUAGACAAAUGUGAUAAUGGACUGAAACGUUUGAUAGUUUAGGAGGGGCCUCAAUAAAUUUUUGCGGGCAACAAGAGGAGCCUACAGACUAAUCUUGGUCAGUGAUACUCCAUUAACUGUAUUUGGAGGUUUUUCUAAAGUCUAUCCACAUUCUUGGGGUGCUUGUGUUGUUGACUAAUAUGCAUGGUAUGUGGCCGCAAAGGCCCCGGUGUUGAGUUUAAGGUCAGUCUGACGUCACUGUAAUCACAUGCACGCACAUGCAAGUGAUGCGAUUCGCAACCACACAUAAUUCAGGUACACAAGUACUGUAUUGAUACUGUACUAAAUGUGAGACUUUUUAAUUCGCCUUGUCGGCUGGGAAUGUACAUGUAUUUACCCAGGAGAAUGAAAGUAGAGCCUGAUCUCAGCUUAGUGCAGGACAAGUUUUUGGUAAGAUAUGAGUGUUACAUUUAUUCAGGUUUCACUCCAGUGGAUGGUUUUUAUAUUUUUAUAUGUUUUCAAGCAUGUUAUGUCGCUUGUCACCUGAAAGCUUCAAUAGGCUUUUAACUCCAGUGGUAAACUAAAGCUUUUUCAUUAUUUUGUACUGGAUAUCAACAGCGUUCGGUCAUUGAACUGGGAUUGAAUAUUCGAUUGAACAAUUUAACAAUUUAAUAAGACUUCAUGCAGUCAUGAUUACUUAAUUUGUGUCAGACAUUAUUGUUUCAUCGUAUCUUUGCCUGUGAAUACAGCCUUCUUUCCUCACUCCUCACCAUUUGCAGGCUGUUAAUUGUACCUAAGCAAUUGUGAAUAAAAUCGUUGAAUUAAAUAUGAGUAUUGUUUAUGGCAGUGAUUCCUUUUGUUGACACUGGAACUAAAAGGGCUUUCUCUGAUUUGAUUCACCUACACAAUCUCAUCAAUCACACCUGCAAGGUAAACCCACAUGUUCACUCGCACUUCCUAGCCAAUGGCUACUGCUAGUUAUGUAGUAAUAACACCAGUAAGCAACCUUGCCCUCAGCUUGUUGGCCAGUUGUUUGGUCUUUCAACAUUUUGACAUCAUCUGUGAUCUAAAGUGCAUUGGUCUGGUAGUUAGCAAAAUGCAAUGUAGCCAGAGAAAACAGCUGACAUUUCACAACUUCAGCACUGAUACCACUGCGAGAUAAGGCCUGGGGAAUGAGUACAGAAAUUCCAUUCUGAUGAUGCAUCAUUUCUCAGAUCUGGGAAGUGCUUCUGAUUGGUUGAAGUAAAUUUCCUUUGUGGCAUAUACAAACAGAAGUACUAGCCAGAUGUGGGUAGUUCUACAUACAUUGGCGUGCAAUUUAUGUGUUCAUUCCUCAGGUGUCAUUUCACAGGGGAACCGGUGGUGACAUUGUGAAAUGUUUUCUUUUUUCUCAUGCUAAAUGUAAUGCAAUUGCUAAGCAUUUAUCUCUAUUUUUUGCUCAGUUUUGCCAGCCUGGAGGAUGGAACUACUCAAACUACUACAAGCCCCCCACUUUCUUUGUUGCUGUGCUCACAGAUAUGGAGGGAGACCACCGAUAUUGUGCAUGCUUCACAUUCCAUGAAAGAUGCACUCCAACAAAGUCAAAGAAAAAACUAGCAAACUCAAGUAGUAAGGAAGGAUUUAGAGAUGAGAGUCAGUCAGAUUCUUCUCUGUCUGAGAAACGGUUUUCUGAAAUGCCUGGGAUCUCUGUCAACUCAGAAGAGGCAGUGAUAAUGGAUGUUUUUGCACCAAAGUGCUUAUGUCUUGUUUCAAGAGCCAGCUACUUUGACAUCUUAAAGGUUUGUCUGUUAUUAUGAACAAAUUGUUUUUAUCUGGAACCUAUUGUCCUGUUAUUAUUCACCUACUAGAUUGACACUUUAUGACAUGCAUUAUCACCACAUGGAAAAUGCUGUUAACAAUUUUGACCCACUGAAAUUUGACAGUUAUUAUUUAUGAUAACUACAUCUUAAAUAUAGUCCCAGUGAGAAUGUGAGAGUAACUGAACAUGUUUUACUAUCUGAAAGUAAGAUACAUUGAACCAAUCACGUCUUAAUUCUUGUGAGACAAAACUCUUCUCUCUGGACAAGAUUCCAUACAAGGUGGGCUCUUACUGAUAGGUACAAGCUGCAGUGUACAUGUACAUUUGAAGGGCUUCCUGAGGAAAAAAUAGACGUUUCUGACCAACUGCUAGAUUGUCUUUCAAUAUUGCCUUUUAUUCACUUGUGAAUCAAAGGACAUACCGGUAAUUUAUUUGAUGUGACCUUAAGAGUCAUUUAGGGCCUACUAUUAUGCACCUCUACUGCCUGGAAUAACCCCCCAAGUUUCUGUUAAUAAAUUUUGAGUUUCUUUCUCCAAUUUGCCUUGGUUAUACGUGUCUUAUUAAUCCAGAGAGAAUUUGCUUUUACAUGAAGAGACACUCAGGCACUUAUCCCAUGCACUCCUUCAUUAUUCCAUUGGCAUUUUGCAGAGAAACUGUUAAAAUAUUUAGUGAUGCCAGUAAAGAAAUUUAAUUUCUUCGUUUUGGCAUAUUUUGUUUGAAUAUUGAUAUCUGUAUCGUGGGAAGAAGUAUCACACUCCACCAAUGCAUUGGUGUACAGUGUAUUGUUGCAGUGCAUGCUUAAGAAGUCUUCUUGCCAUUCCUCAACCUUCCCGUGUCUAUUACCAAAAAAUAAAUGUCAAUUUUUUUGUUCCUGCUGAUGUGAAACCAUCUUUAUUGCAGAACUGCCUGACAACAAUCUAUUUAUCCUUCCUCUCUGGAAACACCAAGUCACUAGAAGGAUUGGUGGGCUGUAUCUUGGGAUUUGUUCAGGUGCCACCUCCUGGUGGACCCAAGAUGACAUUUUCCAUGGGAGCUGGCGAUCGUCACACUCUAUCACCUCCUGCCUCUGAGACGCUUCCUGUGACAGGAAAAUCAGUUGCCAUCUUGUUCAAUCAGCUUGGUAGGUUUUGCUUUGUCUUGGUUUAAGGUAAACAGUAUAUUUUAAUGUCUUGGGCAGGACAGGAAUGAUUACUUUUUGGGUGGAGAGAAGCGAUGACUGAAAAUACACCUGCGUUCGCAGUCUCAACUCUGGUGUAAUGAACUGUUAAGGUAUACACUGUACCAUGCAUAAAUCGCCUGUAGUAAUGUUACACUUUUCUGAAACAGUAGCUCAGUAUAUACGGGUGUAGGCUACAGUUUGGUAUUAUGCUUAAUGUAUCUGUUCAGUUUGCAGCUCAUAUAAAAUUGGAAAAUGUACAAUUGUUGGAGAGCAGACUCUUUUAUUAAUAAAAAAUAUCCAGUUGUCAUUAUUUUCAUUACUACAUGUAAAUGUAUACUUACCAGCUUGUUACCUUAUUUCUGAAUAGGUAUCCACAACAUGUUGGCCUUGUUCUGUGCUGCAUUGACAGAGAACAAAAUCUUGUUUUACUCCAGCAGCUAUUCACAGUUGACACAUGCCACUCAAGCCAUGCUAGCUCUAAUGUAUCCACUAAAGUUCAGGUAUUGUGGAACAGCUGAUUUAAAUAUCAGGGCUUGAAAAAUGUCCUGUUCGGUCAUCCAAAACAAGUAGAUUUUCUUGCUGGGCAAGUACAUAACUAUUAAAGCUCACCUGCCCAAUGGGCAAGGGUGCAGGCAAGUCAACCUCUAAUAAAAUCAUUAACUAAGACAUACAAGAGAACUGCGUGCCCAAAGGACAAGCUUGAAUAUAAGUUUAUUUUAUCGCGAAUGUGUUUCAAGUGAAAGUGUUUACUGCACACAAAAGCAUUGGGAAACCAAAGAAAAUUGUUUUUCUGGGCCUUGUUCCUGAAAGGCCGAUUAGCAUUAACGCACGAUUAAAAUUUUGUUCCAUUUUUUGUAUUUUACAUUCCUAUGCAGUGCUUAGGGUAACAUUUUGUGUUAUCAUUACAGUAUCUCAUAGUAAAGGCUCGACAGUAUCGUAACCUCGAGCUGCAUGUUCUUAGAUGAGAAAACCAUGCUUAAAAUUUGGCUUAAUCCCGGGUUAAACUUAACCAUCUUUUGAGGAACCAGGCCCUGAUGAUCAUUUCUUUUUCAGUUAAAAUGGAGUAAACUGAGAUAUGUGUACAGUCCUUAAGAUUUUCCAGACUUACUGGAACUGGGGUAAAAAGUCUGGAGAAUUGAGAAUGUAAACAUUAAAAAGUAAUGAGUACCUCCUUGUCACAACUUUCAUUGUUUCAAAGGACAGUUAUCAGCUAGAAUGAAUUCAUCUGUUCAUUAUUGUUGUAGUCAAUAGCUCAGUUUCAGUUUUCAGCUAAAUGCACUUCAUCAGUUAUGGUAUGCAGUGGAUGUACAUGUACAAAUCACUCUACAGAAUUACUUUUCCCUGUUGUUAACCAUAUUCCUCCUUUUUAUUCAGUUAUGUGUUCAUCCCAAUCCUUCCAUCUGUUUUGCUGGAGUUCCUGAGUGCACCAACUCCCUACAUCAUGGGAGUACAUGACAGCUACAAAGAUAAUGUGGUACCUGAUUUGGUGAGUAAUGCAUCUAACUCAACAUUCCAGCCCUUAUCUCAAAGUUAAGGGAAGUAAAUGAUAAAAUCUGAGACUCACUAAGACAAUGAGACCCUUGUUCUAAAAUGUGAAACUGAGAGGUAAAUUGUUGAUUCUCUCAUGAAAGGAAAUAGCAGAGAUAAAACUGAAAAUUGUCACCAAAGUUUGCAGGAUUUCAAGAUUGGAUCAAAAUAUUUCCAGACCCAUGAUUUUGGGUAAUAUUCUCCUCCCUUUACAGUCAAACCAGGUCAAGCGUUCCCGUCGCUAACAAACUAAUGAAUUCAUUAAUGGAAAAAUAAUUUCGUUUGUUGAUUCAAUAAUCCAUUCAUAAAAUGAAUAAUCCAACAGUCAAAUUGGACCUCGAUUCAAUAAUCAAAUGUUGAUUUGGUUUAUGAGCAAAAUCUACCUGUUCUUUAUUCUUGUCUGUUGUGUUCAAUCAUAUUUGCUUCCUUUUUCCUGCCGUUUACGAUUGCGUUUUUCAUUGCCUUUAAUCAAAAUAACAGCUAGAAUAGACAGACCGCAAACGCAAAGAAACUAUGAGAAACUGACAAAGGCCGAGGAUCGAAAUCCACCAAUCACCGCACAUACACUGACCUUAGUUUGACCGUUGUGUUUUCUAAGAGGUCAGGCCUGGGUCUGUUGCACUGAUUACUGGCAGCAAACUAAUAAUAAUAAUAAUAAAGUCUUUAUUCAUCAAGAGAUAAAAAUACAUAUCUUUUGUUACAAGUAAGUGUAAGAAAUUUAAAAAGUUAAAAAGUAAGAAAUAAAAAAUAUAUACCGGUAUAUAUAUCUAGUAUAUUACAUAGCUAAUUCAUAUUUAAAACUGGCGUACAUGUAACAGUUUGUUUGGGUUUGAACUUCAGAACUCGCCGGCACUCGACUCUCAGAAAAAAAAGAGGAAAAAACAAAAUUCUGAGGUCAACUUGUGGAAAGUGUAGUUUUUCAAAAAACAGUAAUCGAAUCAACAUUCGAUUAUGGAAUCGAGGCUAAAUAUGAAUAUUGGAUUGUUCAUUUUAUGAAUGGAUUAUUGAAUCAACAAACGAAAUCAUUUUUCCGUGAAUGAAUUCAUUAGUUCGUUAGCGACGGGAACGCUUGACCUGGUUUGACUGUAAGAUGUAUUUUGGCAACUUAUGGCAAAUACAGAAGUUUCCAGCCGAAGAAUUUUGAGUGCUCAUGUAAAAGUGAAUUUCAUGUGACAGUGCUAUUCAUGUAUCCUUACAAAAUGUGUUAUAAUUAUAUUUUUACAGGCUGAUGUAAUUCUUGUGGAUAUUGAUGGAGGACAUGUCUUCUUCCCUGAUGCCAUUAACCUUGCAUCCUUGCCAGAACCUUUUCUUGGAAGAACAAGACAUGAAUUAACCUUGGUAAGUUUGCAGACUUAAGUGACCUUAAAAUACAGCACUGUUUCGGCAGGUUUCUACAGGCAUGGGUUGGUGAGCAUGUUUGUACGGUUGAUACACACGGACUUGCUCUAACUUUGUCAUACAAAAAAAGCAAAAACUGAAAAAAGAAAAAAGUCAAAUGGGCCACAACUCUUAAACCCAGUAUGGCUGUGUUAUGUACAGGUCAAAAAUAAAUUCAGGUUAAAAGUAUUUAAGUCAGGUUGAUUCCCAAUUUCCAUUGUCUUCUAGCCCUCAUUCAUGAAUAAUCAGGGCAGGAGACAAAGAAAACAGAGAAUCAACCUAGGUUAAAAAAAUCUAAGGUGAAUUUGAUUUUGGCCUGUAACAUAGCCUAUUGGGUUCAAGGGUUUUGGCACCCCUUCCAGUGGUAACAGGCCUGGUUACUCUAUGUUGUGUAAAACAGGAAAUUAUGUGUUAGGUCUGGACUUAUGAGGAGAAAGAGUGAUCAGUAUUAAGAUGAUGAUCAAUUUUAAAAUAAUUAUUAAGUUUAUCGUUCAUCUGCAGGUGUUACAUCCACAACUUGUGACAGCAGACUGUGCUUUCCAAGCUCCAACUUCACCAUCUCCCCCAGAGCUACAGGUGAGCAACAACUACAAGCAACUGAAAAUCAUUAGACAAUAUCCAUCUAAAACUGGCCCACUGUCUUACAAAAUUCUAUUUGUGGUCAGAGGUGAUGACUGGGCAGAUCAAAUGCAAAGAGGUUUAUUAAUAUUAAUUUCAUCCCUGCAGAUUUACACAGUUCAGCUAGAAUUAAAACUCUAUUCACUGUCUUUUCUGGUUUGUCAGACUGAAAUUGUGACCUGAUCAACAAAAUGCGCAGCCUGUCUGUAAAGAAAAUUAUUGCCUGAGGUGCUGUUACAGUGUAGAUAGUGGUUGUAAAACUUGUGGUGAUCUUUCUUCUUGUGCAGACAAAAAAUAAUUCAGGCAUGACAAGGCUUUGAGGAGUCAUCAGGCAUUGAAACAAAAUGUGUUGUGCCGGUAAAAUACAUAAACCCUCAGUGGAUGGUUUAUAAAUGUCGCAUCAAACUCCCUUUCACUCGUUUCCCUGUUGGAAAUUCCACUUCAUGUUCAUUAUUAAAUGUUCUAAAUGUUUUGACUGCACAAGGUCAAGAGUGUCGUUGGUUGUUUCUCCUUUACAUGCAUAAUGAGUAGUGAAUUUUAGACUACAACUUCUCAGUUUCUAAUAAUCCAUCCAUUAAUUUAUAGAAACUAUGGGGAAUAUGCUUGACUUGGUUUUACUGUAAAAACCUCAGUCACUCUCAAUAUUUUUUCUAGGAGGAGCGACAUUUGCUUGAACCAGCUCAUUGCUUUAGUUUGUUGUUGUUGCUGCUGUUGUUGUUUUUUCUAAAAGUGACAAGUCUUGCUAUUAUUUUUAUCUUAAAGGACAAGGAAUUGCGAGCUGUGUUUAUCAGACUUCUUGCCCAGCUGUUUUCUGGUUAUCGAUCCUGCCUUACUCUGAUCAGAAUACAUCCUAAGCCUGUUAUAACAUUCAACAAGGUACAUACAAAAAUAAUUAGUAAACGUUCUAUGUUUACUACAACUAUUAAAUUCCAAGACAUAAGAAGCAAAUGAAGGAUUAUUAUUUUUCAUUCAUUCAUUCAUGCAUUCAUGCAUUCAUGCAUUCAUGCAUUCUUUCCUUUUUUUGGUUGUCUAACUGUUCAAAUGCGUUGUACAGCGUAGUGGUAAAUUUGAAAACUGUUGAUAAAAUUUGUGUCUGUCCACUUAAGGAAAACUAACAGGAGUAUGUACUUUCCUGGGCUUCUGUUUAUUGUCCUUUACACCUAGUUUUAAUGUCAUGGUUCCUGGGGAAUGUAUUAUGAUUGUGAAGUUUUUCUGUAAACUGCUGAGCACCCUUCCCAGUAAUUAAAUACUGAACUACAUGGUUUAUACCAGUGUGGAGCCAGGCUUGUCAUGGAAACCAUAACUAACAAUGUAAAAGGAGCAUAACAAAACUUGGCUUUUUUUAGGUUUCUUUCCUUGAGUACAGAGGCAUGAUUGGAGAUCCAUUUCUGUCAAAGGUAAAUAAAUAUUGUUAUUGAAGUGUGCAUUAAGAGAAUUUAUUUGGUCAGUAUUCUGUCAACCCUUCUUGAUACAGACACGAGAAAAAUUGAACCAAUUAUCUCAGCCAUAACAGUGAUGUGAGUAUUAGAGAAGAAGGAGGUAAUAUUUACAGCUGUAAGGAGCCAGUAAGAAGUCGUUCCUUAUAGAGGUGUUCAUACUGUGAUUUCUACAAAGGGAGACUUAUCUGUACUGAGUGUUGUCUGUCCAGUGCAUGUGAUUUACAUGUAGAAUAAAGUUUGGCCUGGAAAAUUUUUAUUACAUUAAAGGGAGAGCCACUGAAAAAAAAGGUGGUCUUACAAACUUUCUAAGGUACUACGUUGUAUUCCUCAAGCUCAUCCAUUACUGUUGAAAUUGCAUUUAACUGCAGCAGAACCGCUAAUCAGGGGACACCCAAAGGACCGAGGCAAUAGAGGUGUCCCGUGAAUAGAAGUUGUGCUGGGGUUUGUUAAUAACUAGCCAACAAAGACAAAAAAAAAUGGUAAACUUAUCGCAGUGAUGUUAUACAUGUACAUUGAAUUCAUGCAAGUGCAGGUCAUUGAUUUAAGUGAGAUUGUUCAGAUUGUGAAAGGUGCCAUCAUUGAUUAGUGUACACUUAAAGAUAUCAACCUUCUUUGUGGUCAGUCAUGUUAUGAGUGCCAAGGAGUCCCAUGAAUGGUGGUUAAACUCAGGUUUGGGGACUAAGAAAAUGAGUCCCUUUCCCCUGAAUAGAGGUCUCCCGUCAAUAGAGGUAACAGAUGCAAAGAAUAUGUGGAGGUUUUUCCAAGACCAAAUUGUUGUUUCCCCUGAAUGGAGGUGUUCCUUGAACAGGGGUGUCCCAAAGGAAAGGUUCCACUGUAAAUUAUGUAGAGGAGGAUGUGUAGAAAAAAGCUUGAGGUGACUUGACUCCAAUAAGCAGUUUGUUCAUAGAAUCCAUAAGGUACACUUGACCUGGCUUGACUGUGACAGUCAAUGAAGGUUUCAAAGUGCCUAAGAAAGCUGAAUCAAAUCACUGCUUCCUCCUUUCAAAGGCAUUCUUGCAGUCAUAGUGGCAAGAGUGUAAUACAUGGAGGAACAGCAACUGAGUACCAAGAAUUCUCAGGCAAUUUGUUACCUGUGUUAAUGGAUUGUAAACUGUGUACUCAAAUACUUCUUGAAUAAAGCAAUUAUUAUUCCCUUCCUAUAGAAGUUAAAUCAGAAAAAAGCUUCAUUCACAGUAUAUUUUUUUAAUUCUCCGUGCUUUUAUUAUCCAGGUGUUAGAGAGCAUUUCAUUUCUAUCAUUUGUGGCACACCGAGGCCCUCCUUACAGAACGUGUGAUUUAUUUGACCAGGUACGUGUCAGUUACUGUGUUGAUGCAAUUUUCCCAGCGCAAUGUGCUGUCCAGAUAAUUUCAGUUUUGCAAUAUUGAUACAAUAAAUUGACUGAUCAAAGUUCCUUGUCUGGAAGUGCAGAGGCGCGUGGGAGGAAGGUUGGAGUAUGUUCCCACACAGUAUUGAGGUCGUUCAUGUCCAAUUCAGUCAGCCCUUGAUUCCAGUCAUAUAAUAAUAAACCUCCUGUCAAAAAAAACCCUGCCUUCCCUGUUCCUUAUAUCAGGGUUCACAAAUACGCCAAAUUUGGCAUAUUUUACGCCAAAAUUGUCCAGAUGACUCCACUGAGGUUACAGAGGGAGUCACUUUGACUCGAAAAAUUUUUGUUAACAAACAGGGAGCCACUUCGACUCCAGAAAUUUUCGGUAACAAAAACAGUUUUGUCCUUACCUUUUUUGUAACAAAUACAAUUUGCGUUAAUUGUAAACGUUGUAAACCUUAAUUAAAUCAUUGAAAUUAAAGAAUUAUACUGCACAACAAAACAGGAAAAGGGUAAAUUACCAUCAAAGUUUUAUUGAUGACUGCCAUCAUGGAUUUGAGCUUUCCAGGUCAGCAGACCGCCACAGCUACUUCAUGCAUCCCUCACGAUAGUGUAUACAUGCCAUGACCACAUGCUGGAAAGCCUGAUACUUGACUCCAAAUAAUUAUUCCAAAAUGUUUCCAACAUUUGUGAAGCAGAAGUCACACCGACUCCACUCAUCAAUAAAAUUUGCAAACCCUGCUUAUAUUCUGGUUUAAUUGGUUUGUUUAAGCAUAAACUUCCUCAAAGUAAGUAGCAAAGGGGGAAAGAGAUCAAACUUUUUGUUGAUAUAAACAAAUUAGUGAAUGACCGGACAGACAUGAAUUAACAACAUUGUGUCUUAGAUUGUGACAUUUUAGCAUGGUAUGUGGUUCUAAAUUCUCAUAAUGGUUGGUUCGUAGCUUUGUGUCGAGAUUGACAGCAUUCUGAACGGUGAAGGAGGAGUGGAUGCUGAGGUACAAGCUAGCAUUGAGCAACUUGCCCAGAAGCUCUACGAUAAUGUAAGUUCCAGUGACCAACUCUGCGAUAUGCCAUGCUUUUAUUAGUUGAAACUGUCAUUCUUAAAUGCCAUUUUUUGGUUGAAGUGGGGUUUAAACCAGGAGGUGCUUAUUGAUUAAGGUUUCUUGACUGAACUUUAUAGGACAAAGAAAUGUUCUAUUUUGCUGAGGAUGUUUUUUUUUUACCACGGUAAAGGUGCGCAGUGCUAUCCAUGGGAUAAAUCAUUACCCUCUGGAUAGUGCAAUUGGUUUUCCUAUCUACAUGUAUAAUGUAUCUAUUACAGAUCAAAUUUGAUCUCAGGUUAAUUUUGAUUUAACCUAGGUUGAUUCUCAAUUUCCUUUGUCCUCUAGCCCCAGUAGACAAAGAAAAUCAAGAAUCAACCUACAGGUACAGUUGUAGGUUAAAAAUUUUUAACCUGACAACAAAUUUGACGUGUAACAUGUCCACUGGGGGCCAGGAGUAUAGUGAAAGGCUAAAACUUAAAUGAACAAAAAUGAUACACAUGUUGUUAGCUCCUGGAGACAGAUAUAACUGAAACUGAACUAGUAUAUUUUAAGCAGUCAAAGUUAAAUUGUUCAAGUGAGAAAAGAUAAGAGGGUCUCCUUAUUAUAUUAUCCUUACUGCUUGAAAAAUUGAAGUGGCUGUUAGGAAGCGCAUAUUCAGGUAUUCAGAAGGAAUUUGUUCGCUUUAAUGUACUAUGCCACCUUUUAUGACCAGGGUCCUUCCUUUCUUGUCUACUUAUACUUCCCAUUAUACUACUAGAUGAGAAAUUUCUGCAAUUUGAUUGGCUUAGAGCAGUGGUCUUUCAGCUUAAUUUGAAAUACCUACAUGUGAAAAUUACAAAACCUUUGUGGGUAGUAAUAUAAACAAAUAAUAGCACGAUUUGUACGUGACAUUUGACAUAAAUAACACUCUUGAUAUUUCAAAAUUGCCUCAAAUUUCUCUCGCCCAAUGGCUCAUGAAAUUACGUAGACAAUUUCAAAAUAUCCCUGGUGGUGUUUAUGCCAAAUAUCAUUACAAAUCACGCUAUUACCUAUACUAAUUUACUUUUUCAUUGACAGGAACCCUCUUGUGACACCAAUGAAAACACUGUCCAGCCUGUUGUUCCCUCUGAUGAGGCAGAUUUAUGUGAUAAACUGGUGUUUCCUGAGCUGAGUGAAUCAGAUAUUAACUGCUAUAUAGACCAGCAGGAGAAUGUAGCUGCACCUUACAUGGUUAAAAGUCCUGAACCCUGUGUUGUGCCAUCAAAUUUAGUAUCAAGCAAGCAACAGCAUUAUAUUCCAAGUCGGAAGCUGGAGGUGUUGAGAGAUUGUGUGGCAUACAUCUUUGACAACCAGAUAUCUGAGGCUAGGAAGGUAUUCCACUUAAAUAGUACCAUUAGAAUCUUCUUCUUAGCAGUAAAGUUAAACGUAUUAAAAUAAUAAAUUAAAUUUGCUAUGUAGGCAGUAGCUUGUGUGAAGUAGUGUCAUAUCUAAAAAAUUUUUUAAAAAGAAGGUGAUGAGACUUCACUUGAUUAUUAAGUUAAACCGUGAAUGGAUGAUACUUGACAAAUGGAAAGUACAUUCCACUGUAUUUUGCUGUUUUUAAAAUUAUGCAGUCAGUAAUUAGAGUGUGGUCCAUUCGUUACACACAUCUGACUGAGAUAACCCAAUUCUUUCCAAACAAUAUUGUAGGUUGAAUUAUUAAUUUCCCUUCUUCUGGAAAACCAUUCUGUUUUUUUUUUUAACUGAAAAGGUGCUGAAAACAGGUCUGCGACUCGUCAAAACUUAAUUCUUACUAGAAAUGCUAUAUUCAGAAAAAAAAAGUUAAGACCAUUCCUUUAUGAUUGUACUUUUUUAAUAAUUAUCAUAUUAGCGAAGGUUUUUUCUCUAUGACACAUAAAAGAAAGGCGAAAAUUUUGCCAAGGCAAGUGUCUUGAUCCUUCUCUUACUAGUUAUGGUGCAGGGAUACAUGACAAGUCUUAUACUAACUAUUUUUAGAAAAACAAAAUUUGUUUGGAUUGCUAGAAAUUUAUUAAAGAAAGAAAAAGCAAAAGGUUUUUGUUUAUCGUAGUCAAAUAAGGCCAUCAUGUUUUUUAUAUUUUGUUUAUGCUGAAAUAGUGUUUGUUACCUUUAACAGACUCUUGAAUCAGUGCUUCGAGCUCUCAAGUCUAAAGGCGCUCAGUUAGCCUUGUGCCAUGAACUCUCUCUUAGAGUAAAACAGAACAGAUCUUUGUUGGAGCAUGACCAGUUUGACUUAGUUGUCAGGCUCAUGAACAGGGCAUUAGAGGUUUGUUGUUGACUUUGACUGAUUCUUGAUUAUUUCUUGAAAACCUCUUAUUUUAUCAAAAUAAACAAAUUUAUUCACCCUUAUUAUUCUUUUGCCAUUCAUUUCAACUCUGUAAGUGCACAUAAAUGUCUACUUAGUCAGCCUUAUCUCCUGCAAUUAAUAUCAUCUGGUUAGUUACCAUAAAAUUCCGAAAAUAAGCCCUUCCAUGUAUAAGCCAUUCCAAAUAUAAACCUCCCAAACUCGUAACACAAAAAACCCUCCGUUAAAUCGCCCCUCCGAAUAUAAGCCCCCCGGGGGCUUGUACCUGGAAAUUGCCCUCAAAUACAAACUAAGAUAAAGCAAAAACGGUCAAUUUCCUUCCAACUAUAAGGCUAACCCAAUCGAUUUUGAAACGCAAAUUUCCCUCCAUAGAUAAGCCCCUCCAAAAAUAAGCCCCUCAAAAAGGGCCUUUGAAAAAUAUAAGCCACGGGGCUUAUUUUCGAAUUUACGGUAUUAUGUAUAACUCGGCCACUUUGAGAUGAAUGUGUAUUUUUACAGUGUAUCAUGCCUUAUCACAGAAAUAGAUAUGUGUAGUGGAAGCCUUGAGAGUACAGGAACAGGGCUGAAAAUAAAGAUUCACUGGUUACUAAUGUGACUGUUAAGAGAAAAAUGUCAAAGACAAGAAAACACUGUAACAUCCUACCAAUGAACUAGUAAUGUACCAGUCACAAAUGUGCAAACAGUCCUUAAGUAAACAAACCAACAUGCUGCACACAUUGAUAAACAUUGCAUGAAAAAAAAAAUGAAUGUAGAGGUAGGGGUCAAACUUCAACUAAUAGUAGGGUAUAAAUUGACAACCAAAAUUUUCCUAACAGUCACCACUUGAUGCCCGGAUGAAAAAGAUAAUUUCAAGCCCUGAAGAACUGAAGAGUGUGAUUUCUGUCAUUUAAUUAAAAUAAUACCUUCAUUUUUUAACUUCAGUGGUAAUCUUUCCAAACUGUCAUAUGUUUUGUCUGCAGGAUGAUGCCAGCAUGAGUAAUACUGAAGUAGCUGCAGCACUCUUGCCUCUCACUGCCACAUUCUGCAGGGUAAGAGGCUUUCCAUUCUAAUAUUUUGUCUAGAUCUUCUAAGAAAAGAAGGCUGGUGUAACAGGGGAUUUCCAAGUUACCCCAAGCCUCUGUUUCAAAGCGAGGUUAAGUAUGAUAGAUGCUUUUGAUGUUAAAAUGGCUUUUUAUUCUCGUGCAAUUAACAUAACAUAACUUAAUUAUUUAUGUAGCGCAAAAUACAUGGGUAUAUGAUCUAAUGCGCAACUAAAACUCAUUUUCACAGGACAGGGUUUGCACUUACCCUCAUUUUGAAAGUGAGAAUUUUUAGAACUCGGAAAUGGCUUACUUUGUUGUAAUGUAAUGUAAUGCAAUGUUGUGGAUUGGAAGAAAACAAGGUGCACUCUCUUUACAUAUUACAUGAAAACAGUAAGCUCAGACUUCAGCAUACAGUCAUGUACGAGGCACCACAGGCAGCUGCUAUCAGUCCAUUUAUGAGCUUACUGUAACCCACCCAUAGCCCAUGAUAUGAAUGAUGCGGGAAAGGUAGUGGUUGUUGUUGUUUGUGUCACACCACAUGAUUAUAACAGGGGUUAUAUUAGCAUUAUGCUGACUACUGGACUCUUCUUGAAGUGUUACAUACUUGUAGUAUAGAGCUAUUUCAACUGUUUUUGCUAGUGUGCCUUAAGUUUUCCAUUAACUCCGCAAAUGAAAAUUGUUUUGGUUUUGUUGCUAGAAACUCCAUGCUGGUGUUAUUCAAUUUGCCUACACCUGUGUCCAAGACCACCCAGUCUGGGAACGGCAGCAGUUUUGGGAAGAAGCAUUUUAUGCAGAUGUCCAGGCACAAAUAAAGCAGUUGUAUGUUGAUGACGAAGCUCCAAAGGCUAUAACUGAAGACACACUAGAUAGGAAAGACCAACGUAUAUCCCGCGCAAGCUUAACACCAGUAACAAAGCAUCGCAGCAUCUCAAGAAGCAGAGAUAAUCUUGCAUCUCAACCCAAGGAGUCUGGAAGUAGCAGUGAUCUGGAACAGCCUAAGCAAGCAGAGCAGAAGCCAGUGCCUAGUGCAUUAAGCAUUGCUGCUAAGCAGGUUUGUCAGAUGUUAAUAGGAAGCUUAAGCAAUGAUUACCGGGACAGCAAUGAGAAUGGCAAAAAAGGCAUUGGUUUAGAUUUGCCAAACAACAACUUUGCAUGUGCAUCAUCCUUUUUUGAAGAUUUCUUUAGGGUUGUUGCAUGACUACAACAUGAUACUUAAUGCUUACUGUAUGCAGGAUAUGAACACAAGACAACAAUUUUUUUUUCUUUUACCAAAAAUAGAUACAGGCCUUGAAAAUAAUCAACUUCAAAAUCCCCAGAAUUUGUUAAUUGAAUGAAAUGGAUUAAGAAUAAUAAAGUUUGAAACAAGGCAACUUUACUUGUCAAAAUGACUUUUUCGCUGCUGUUGCUGACAUGGUUGCUUAAGCUCUCUACCAUCUCAGUGCAAGACAGAUAGAAAUAUUAUACUGUCUAAGUAUCCUAGCAGUACUAUUCAUGCAGUGUUCUCCUUAUCAGGCGGUAACUGGUAAAAUUAAUGUCUCAAAGCAACACUUCUUACUGACUCCAACCGCUUGAAGUGUUACUAAAAUUAAAUAAGUUGUUUAAAAAAAUAUGGAAGUUGUGACCCAAGCCGAUCUGCAGCAUUAUUAUUGCGAAUAAAAGCUUUAGCUCUGCAAAAGUGGCCCUUGUUUGUUCUUUUCGCUCUAGCGGGAAGAACCACCACCAUCUUGGAUGUCGCAGUAUUAUGCGCAGUAGAGGGUGCGCAGUGCAAAACAAGUGACAGCAAAAUUCAGACAAGUGACAUGGCCUUGAGCUGAAACAGCAAGAUAAAACAAGCGAAAUGGUGACAAAACAGUAGAAGAAUACUGUUUUUUGACAGCAACGAGGAAAAUCAUAAAUACAAUAGUAAAAUGCCAACAGUGUGGCCUCAUCUUCAAUAAUUAUGCUAAACAGCAACUUAAAAUUCAGGCUAAAGACAGAAGUACCCUGCCUAAGAAGCCCUCAAUAGUUGAUGUUUACAAAAACUUGAAGUCCCCAUUACAUGAUUACUUGAAGAAUACUGUUAUUUAUAUGUCACCACCUGGGGUUAAUGUAACUGCACCAGAUGUCCACUUAGUGAACCAGCUUGCUCCAAGAGUUGUUACAAACUCUUUGCUGCUGCCACAAAAACACCAAGAAUACACCCAAGACAAGACGGCACAAUAAUUAGUAUAGAAGUACAAUGUUGUUAUUCUUUUAUGCUUUCCUUAGCUCAAGAAAUGGCCCAACUACUCCAAGAUGGAGCAAGACUUUUUGAUUAACAGUGAAGAGGGCAUUGUGUACAGUCAAGCAAUUCACUAUGCUAAUCGUAUGGUGUACAUGAGGAUACCUCUUGACGCUAGUGAGAAGAUGCCUGCACCCACUCCUGUGCCCACUCCUGUAACAGGUUUGGCCUUUUUAAUACAAACUCAAAAUGUCUCUUGUCUCUUCUCUUGAUACAUUAUUUUUUAAUCAAUUAAUUUUAUUUUGUUAUUGUCUCACCAAGAAUGACAUGUAUUUUGUAAUGGUAAUAGGACUGAGUGGACUUCUAUUCAGUCUAUAAUCUUGUGAAUGAUUAACAAAAUAAUUUGCAGUCAUCCGAUUUGUUGAAUCGCGAGUAUUGGAUGACAUGGAAUUCUGUUACCAAUUUAUCAUAACUGUACCAAAUUUUGUGAUAUUUUAAGCUUUUGUAGGAUUAAAACACAAAAAUUAAUAUUCUUCAAGCAUUUUUAGUUAAAUUUAAAAAACAAAUCCCAUUAAAGUGCCAUGCAUAAUGGCACUUAGUUACUUAGACAUGAUGCGAACUGUCCUAGUAUACUAUCCUAUUAAUGCUGAAAUCAGGGAGGCCAGGAUAGCCAAUUCCUAUAGAUUGGGGAAUUUUAUUAUAGUUAAGAUUCAACAAAUUUUGGGAACAAGUUCCUGUUAUUUUUUGUCCAGGCUUACGUAAUAAUGUGUACAGCUGUAGCGGCUUUGAUUUACUGACAUUUUGAAUUUUAGGUUCAAUUCAUGUGGAUGGUGAGGGGUCUGUGAAUGGUACCUAUGCAGAAAGUAUAGUAAAUGGAGGGACAGUUGGUAUGUAUUAAUUUUUAAUUCUUUGCUUGAAAAAACCCAAGUUUUAGUUUCCUUCUUUUGUGAGCUGUAACAACUGUGGAUCAGGAAAUUCUCACACACAACUGGGAGCCAUGUCAAGUUUAACCAUACAGCCUGACCUUCAUUACAAAACAUUGUAAUAGUACAACAGAGCAAAAAAGGGGAAAUGCUCCCUAGAUUGCAUGCUCUGACAAAAUAUACAAACACCAAACAACGAUCAUAAUGAAAACUCCUGGCCAACAAAGGCCCACAGUAAUAAAAGAGACGCUAAAUGACCUUGAGAGGUAAUCACUUAAAACUACCCAGCUUGAAGGGUGGGUGAGCAGGAGGUACAUGUAAGGCAACAGCAAAUAGCAACAAGAAAACUGGUACGUUUCAACCAACCAUGUGACUAGACCCCCUGCACACUAGCACCCAGACUCCCAGAUGAGUAUGAGAAAAGUGUUUUCUGCUUCUUUCAUUCCUCAGCUAACAGAAAACAACACUUCUGUUCUAUUAAGUUCAUUAUUAUACCGUUAAGAGUGUCAGUGGUGGAAGGCUAUUUGCCUUAGGCUUGAACAGCAUGCAGGGGUUUAGGGUGGUGGGUAGAGGGGUUGGCAUUUACCUUCAACCUUUUUAUCAGGCUUGGAAGGUGAGGCUUAUGGGUCCUGGGACUUUUUUGCAUGUGGGUUUUUGUACCAAUAGGGAGCUUAAGCAACAGUGAUGACGAUGGCUACGAAAAUAUACUUAAAUUCACGCUACUUCAAACUUUAUCACACUUACUCCAACUUGUUCAAUUUUUCAAAUGUUGGAAAAGUUUUCUAGAGUUGAAUUCUAAAAGACUCUAUCAAAGUUCAGGAAAAGAAAAAGAAAGUCAAUGUGUUGUGUUCACGUCCUUAACAAAACGUGAAAUUAGGCAUAUGUUACGUAACGUUAUAGUCGUGCAGCAACGGCAAAGAAAUGUACAAAAAUGGUGAUGCACGUGCAAAGUUGUCGUUUUGCUUGCUAAACCUAUUGGGCCAAAUAUUUAAAUGAAGUCUAACUUAAGCCAUGGUUUAAAGAAUCUUUGAACCUCCGGAUCUUCUCCUUGGUGGGUUGUUUUAAGAAGAUAAAUGUUUUUCUAGUCUUCUCUAUAUGCUUUAAUAAAACUGUACACAGUAAAUGAUGUUUAGAUGAAAUCUUUGGGUAAAUUGAAACUGACUUAGAACGUGGUUUUGUUAAACACUGGCUAAACUACGGUUACAUAUCUGGCCCACUGCUUUUUUGCCAUUCUUAUUGCCAUUGCCGUCACCAUUGUUGUUGAUUAAGCUCCCUAAUGAGUGUGUCUCCUCCAAUGCAAUCCAAGUCCAGCCUAUGAGGGAAAUUUUUUAUGCUACUAUCAACCAUAAUAAAGGUGACGUCCAAGUGCAGACACCAGUGCUGGGGUAGAUGCCUCCAGACCAUUGACAUUGCUUCCUGACUAAUUUUGCAUUAAAUUUAGACUGCUAAAGCUGGUCUUGAAAUUAAUGUAUAAAUAAUUGGGGUCUGCCUUUGAGAGAGGUCAAUGUCAUGAUGAUUGUGUCUUGCAUCUUUUAAUGUUAUUUCAGCAAACAGUGAAGUAGGAAGCUGCAUCACAGAUAGCGGGGGAUGGGAUAUGUACAUGGAUGAUGAAGAUGGUGGGACCAUUGCUGAUCAAGUGACAAAAUUUGUCUGUCGCUUUGUGGACCGUGUUGGCACUGAGGCUGGGAUUAGUCAGGAACACUUAAAGUCUCUGUAUACAAUGAUUCCAGGUCAGUUGGACUGAGAUAACUUUGACUUUUUUCCUGGGGUGAUAUAGCGACAAUUGAUUGAUCCAUAGCUGUCAUUAAUUAUUUCCAUCCUAAUAUACUGAAGGAGUUGUGGGUUUCUUCACAACUGUUACAGGGUAGCUCUUUGUAUAAAGACGUUUGUAUAGGUUAUAGCAUGAUUUGUUGUGAUAUUUGGCAUAAAAUACCACGACUGAUAUUUCAAAAUUGUUAUACGUAAUUUCCCGAGCCAUUAGGCAAGUGAAAUUUGAAACAAUUUUGAAAUAUCACAAGUUGUAUUUAUGCCAAAUAUCACAUACAAAUCAUGCUAUUAUUUGUUUAUACUACUACCCAGGAAAGGUUUGUAAUUUUCACAUGUAGGUAUUUCAAAUUAAGCUGAAAUACCACUGCUCUUAGCCAAUCAAGUUGGAGAAAUUUCUCAGGUAGUAGUGUAAUAGGAUGUAAUUAUCUCAAGACAUGAUGUUUCUGUAUGGGAACCAGUGAUGGAGCCAUCAACCCACACAUACUUACAUAUACAUAGUAAUAUGUUCUGUGUUAACACCCUUUUUUUUGUUAUGUUUAUGGUCAAACAGGUGUGGUUGCCAUGCACAUUGAAUCAUUGGAGCCAGUGUACAGGGAGUACAAAAAUCUGGCUCCAAUUCAAAAGGUGAGCAACAGUUAAUAACGUCACAUCGACUGCAGAACCAAAAAAAAAAGAAAAGAAAUGAUGCAUCAGAAGCUAAGAGGAUUUGCACCGAAUUGUGGGCCAAGGGCACCAAAAUAAUGUUUCGAAGUUAGUAGAGUAAUUUUGUAAUGGACAAACAGGCGGUAAGUAGAAACAUUUUUGCUGUGUAGUGAACUUAAAAUUUAUUUUACGUGACUAAUAUUUCCUAUGUAAUGCGAGUUUGGAAGUUUCUACAAGUGUAAGUCUUUUUAUAGUAUGACUUGUACUGAGUUUGUUAUCACUAUCAUUGUCACUACCACUGGGUCUUGUUCUCCUAUCUCGCUGUUAAAAUGUCUUUAUGUGAAUUUUUUACCCAUGUAAAGUACCACAUUAGUAAAACCAGUUUCAAAAAUGGGAAUCAUUCACAGCUAAAUGACAAUUUUGCUUGUGUUAGCCUUUUAUUUAAGUCAUAAGUGAGAGUCCCAUUUCAAAACAGUGUGCACAAAAUUCAGUUUAUAGGCACAAGACAGCAAAAUUCUUUGAAAAGCCACCAUUUUCGGGGGUGACUGUUUUUCGUUAAUUUUAUUGGUUAGGGAAAGUGAGUGGGUGACGCAGUCGCAUCACUGCCACCCCUCCCAACAUGCUGUGACUGUCCCAUGUUUGUCACUCACCGCAGGCCAAGAUCAUGAGACCUGACAUGCUUCAAGGGGAGGAAAUGCUAAGUGAUGGACUGCGUGCCUACCUUGUGCCUGAUGGCCGGGAGCUGGGCAAGGGAGGAGAAGGGCCAUGCCUACUGCCAGCAGAAGGUGCUGUAUUCUUGACGAACUACAGGGUGAUUUUCAAGGGAACUCCUGUAGAUCAAUUUGGUGAGUUUGUGCAGCAGUGUUCUAUUUUAAUGUAAGCAGCCAAGAUACAUGUAUGCUAUUGUCAAUGCAAGUUUUUAAGUUCUGCCAUAAUGAUAUUGUGGCUAGCAUUGAACCUGUGAUUCACAGGUCUGUUGUUUCUAGCCUGGUCUCUCUUGCCAUGUUGUAAGUUUUAAAUAAUAGGCAAUAAUAAUAAUAAUAUUAUUAUUAUUAUUAUUAUUAUUAUUAAUUGUUGUUUAAGUAAUCAGACACCAUUUGACCUCGCUGUUACUUUUGAGACAUGAACCAUCAUGACUGCUUAUUGACUGGGCUAUCAUUACUUUUCCAUAAUAACUGCAACAAGACCCUCAGACAGGGCUUUAGGUGACUUAUCUAUUGAAUAAUAUUACGUGCACCUAAUGCACCUUAACGUCUUUACUUUUGUAUAGAAAAGAGUAAAAGUAUAAUUAAUGUAAGUAUUGUAAUUGUUCUGUUCAGCAUCAGAGAUGAUUGUGACUAGAAGCUUCCCUGUGGGUGCGCUAAUAACUCAAAAGAAGAUUGGAGUUCAGUAUAUGCAGCAUUUGGGCCAAUGGCUUCAUGAAUGCAUUCAGCUCCGAUCUAGUACCUUUCAGGUCAGUCUGUGGUAGAUUUUCUUUUUCUAUUGUAUGGUUGUGUUUAUUUGCUGGGAUUAUAUUUUCUGGGUACUGAGAUCAAAGCAAUUUUUCUUUUAUAGUAUAGUGAACCUGUUGCUGUUGUUUUUGGAAUGACGCCUUCCUACAGAAACUAACAGAGAGAAAAACUUGAAGCUUUCACGCUUACUGCAAGGGCUUACUGCUAGCAGCUCAUUUGCAUGGCCCUUUGAAUUUAAGUAGUAUUUAUAUUACCGUUGCAAACCGUAAUAUCCAUUUUUUUUUUAAACCUCGUUAGUCCCAUGCGCCAUGAUAGAGUGUUGAAAUGGUGACCAUGACUUUAGUAAAUGUGUCUAGUAAACUAUGAUGUAUGUGUUAAGUGCUUUUUAAGGUAACUCAUUAAACUUCCUUGUAAAGAAUAGUCCAAGUCUAGCAAAUGGAUCGUACCUAAUAUUUAGAACACUGAGUUUUGUCAAACUUAACAAUUAUGAGGUGGGUUGUUGGUGUUCUUCUCUGGCAGAUGAUGAAACUUGCAUUUGAUGAAGAAGUUGAACAGGAAGUCAUUGAGACAUUCAGAAAGAAACUCCAGAAAAGGCAUUUACCAAAUACAGUAUUCGGUUCUUUUGCUUUUUGUGGCAAAGGCAUUGCAAGGACACCAACUGUUGUCAUUCAAAAGCACAUGGAGAGACAAGGGACUCUCAAAAAAACAAAGAACAAACUUGUAAAUGCCUCAAGGCAUAAGACAAGCCAAUUGAGGGGCUCACUUCGGAAACGAAGACACCGACACAAUGAUGUAGACAGUCAAAGAUCCCCUAGCGGAUCAUUAACAACAGAUGAUGAUGAUUCUGUUUUGGAACUUAAUGACAUUCCUCUCAAAGUGGAACCUGUUGUUCAGGGAGUUGACAGACUAAGCAAACUAUCAUACUGCAAUGACUACUCCCGUCUGAAGUUGGGAAACAUUGCUAAGGAUUCACCAGUGGGUCCUUGGAGGAUAUGCAUGGUCAAUGUAACGUACACAGCAUGUCGAAGGUGAGUAUACAUUGUAAACCGUUUUUUUAAAUUUUGGUUCCAGUAGGGUCCAACCCAGAAAUGAAAGAAAUAAAAUAAAUAUGUCACUUGGUACCUGUUAACAUAAUAAUGAAGUCAAAUGAAGAAUGAUCCUCGCAGUUGUUAACACAAUUUAUGCAAUUGCAUAAGAAGCCUGAAAAAAUUUCAGGACUUUUUCAGGCUUGCAUAAAUCGCAUUCACAACUGUGAGGAUCAUUCUUCAUUUGAUUUCAUUUCCGCGUUUAUUAUAUGAUUAUUUCAUAUAUAUCAUUCACAUAAUAAUGAAGGUUCCCUGAUCCACCGUGGGGAUGCCAAUUUUUUAUAUACCAUGCUUUGGAAAAUGCAUUGGUAUACGUCUACCCCUGACACCCUGUCUAUCCUGUUCCCAGGGUUAAUUGACCUUUUCUGCAUUCCAACUUGGCCUUGGGUGGACAAAAUACAGAGACUUAUAUGACAUUGUCCUCUCAGCCACAACCUCAUUUGUUUAUGUUUGCUUACCAGAGGGGAAUUCAGAAAAGGUCUGUAGGCAGGCUGUCUUUGCCAUGUAAAUGGCUUGGCCAGGUUUCUAUCAGCUAGCCAAAAUGAAGCCUUUAAAAACAUGGUGGCAGAAAAUUUGCAUCAUAGAAAAUUGUCAUUGUCGCCUACCAGAAAUAUGUACUGGACAUGGUAAUAGUGAGUGUGAUGACUUCAAGUGAAUCAUGGAGGAGGGCCACAGGCAUGCAAAUUGUUUGUUUUGUAGUCUUGUUCUCGUUUGUUGUGCUUAAUGACUACUAAGAAGUUGAAUUUUCUUGUACCAGCAUUCACUUGUCAAAAUGUUUCCCCAGUCCUGACGGUUACAAAGCUUGAAACAUUCUUGUAGUUAAAAUCAAAGUGCUACACUGAAUAAUAGAGCAGCUUUUUAGGAGUUGUUUGGUGUAAGUGUAACGUUGUUGGACACCAAUAAAGGGCGUUGCAACAUUGUGUUUUUGUUGUACUAUUGUAUAGCAUAUAAAAACAGUUUGUAACUUCAAUUUACAGUUACCCAUCAGUAGUGUUAGUACCACACAGCAUUUCAGAUGAUAGCAUUCUACGAAUAGCUAGGAAUCACCGCCAAGGAAGAUUUCCUGUGGCAGUAUGGAGGCAUCAGUAUAACAAAGCAACAUUGCUUAGAGCAGGAGGCAUUGAGAGAAGCACUAUAGGGUCAAUUAUGAGACAGACCAAAACUGUGAGUGGCAGCGGUGUGACACAUCACGCCAUAUCUUCAUCAGCUUCUGUUGAACAGGAGAAAUAUUUUGCUGCAGUAGGUAGGUACCCACUGGCAUGCAAAGCCUUCCCUUGCCUGUUUUCAAACUGAGGGGAACUGGGCACAAGUCCAUGUAUUAUGUGAUUAUUAACAGAAAGCCAACAAAGACAGAAAGAUCACACUGAGUUUUACAAAAUCCUCAAGGGUGAUGUUUAUCAGGCCAAAUUUUGAACAAGAUACAGCCAUUCAAAAUCUCCAAAAAUUUUUGAUAAUAAUAUUUAUAUAUUGAGACACCAGGCAACUAGUAACUGGGAAUUUCUCAGUUUUGAACAGCUGUCUCUUGUUCAAAUUGGAUUUCAUAAAGAUCAGUAUACUCUUUCUGACUUUGUGGUUCUUGUGUUGUGUUGUGUCAUUUUGGUUUCAACAGUGCUUGAGAUGUCCAGAAAAGGAGACCUCAUGAAAUCAAUGAAUAAUGCCACAGAUUUUGCCACUUAUUUAAUAGCCUUGUUUGAGUUUUUGCAUGAAGGAAAAACAGAGACAUUUAAAGGUUAAAGGUUUUUUUUGGGUGGGAAGUGCACUUAGCUUAUCCAGCUAGUUUGCAGGCACUCUACUCAAAUAAUUCUGAAACAAAUGAUGCAAAUAGGACAUAACAGUAUUAAAAUCGGGAACUGGCAGGAGACAACCAGUUGGCUAUUUACAAGCGUAGCUGAAGAUUUGAACUCGGGAGGACCGAGAACAAAUCCAGCAAGUGGCCAGAGCAGGACUCAAACCCAGGACUGCCGGGUUAAGAGUCCGACGUGGUGACCACUCGGCCAUGCUAUCUCCCUACAUCUUGUCGAAAUAGCAGCCCUUCUCAGUAGCUAUAUGCCACCAUGAAUAGAGGUAAAACAUGUGAGCUCUUGUAUUUGUUGUGAUCAGCUGAGGGUAUAAGGUUUUAAGAAGGCGGUGUGGCUGAGCAGUUAGAGCACCGGAAUUGCAACUCAGAGGCCCAAGUUAAAUCCUUUCCCCAACUGCUGGCUGGAGUUGUUCUUGGUAUUCCCAAGUUGUAACUCCUUGGUCAUGUUUAUAAAUAGCCAACUUCUUUGCCUCCGGCCAGCUGGGAUUCUUACCUGUGAUAUUUAUUUUCAAAUGUUUUUUUUUUCUGUCCUUAUUUGUGGACCCAAAUAAAAACGACUGGGUUACUAGUAAUUUUGUGACCCCAUCAAUUAGCCACCAAAAGUAGAUUUCAUUAAGCUUCCCAUCUCAGUUAGUAAUAUCAAUUUCUUGUAUUUUGCCAACCAAUGCAGUACCAGAAACUAUUGUUAAUCCUUUAAGGUUGCACUUAGCCAGCAAGCUAUGCCUUUUGCUGCAGUGCAUCCUCAGCUUUAAAAUCUUGUGAUAUUAAACGUUACUCACUAUAAGUUGUUGCUAUCUUUAGUGGCAGCCACACCCCUGGGAAAAAGUAAGAACAUUGCUCGUGCCAGCUCACUCCACCAUGGAGUUGUCCUGCGAGAUGGUUUUUUCCCAGACGAGGUUGACUCUGGUCAACUUGUUGACAAGACUAUCUUGAGAAAAGGAUGGGAACCAGCCGCCCUCUACAUCUUUGGUGACAAGUCUUUAUUAAGGGUAGGUUUGCUCUACCAUAUGAACAGGUCAAAGCAAUCUACAGCUAAAGAGAAUAUUGUUUCAGAUCAACAAUUGUCAUUUGUCUGGAAAAGAUUAAUGCAGGGGGAAGAGAUCUUUCAAACCAUGCCUGUAUGAGCAGGAUUCAGUCAAGGAGACCGGAGAGGAAUGCAAUGUUUGACUUUGAAAACUUAAUGAAAAUCCUUUCCCCCAACCACCUGCACUUCCCCCCAUCUAAAAGCUUUCCCUAACACCUUUUUUCACCGAAGUGAAACCCUAGUAAAUGCCCAGCGAAAGAAAAAAAAUUAGGCAAGAAAAGCAAAAGAAGAGGGGAGGAGAGAAAGUGAAAGUUAAAAUUCAAAAUUUGUGUUUUUGUGCACACCCAAUCUUCGAAAGGCAACAUUUAGCAUCUUGAUCAGAAGACUGUGAAGUGCUUGUCAUACAAGUGACGUUUUGGUUGUUUAUAGCCAGACAGUCACCAGAAAAUGGAUCGAUUGUAUUUUCCGAAGGCAUUUUUCAGCAAAAUUCCCAGAAAUGAAUGGGUUAAAGAACUUGACCCCAACGGACAAGUGCCAGCAGCCUUGGGGAAUGAUUCAUUAUCUAUUUUUUCUCUAAUAGUUCUGCAUUUGGUUCUUCUCCCCAGAACGUUAAGCAAGAAGCGUAUCCCAAGUGUGAGUUUGUUCCGAUCGAGGUGAGACAUGAAAAGCGUUCAAUAUUCUUGUCACUUGAUGGGAUAAUUUUAUAUUUCCAAGAAAAACCAAGUAAAAAAUAUAAUAUAUUACUCUGCAAAGGUGACAUGUUUUUGGCAGUGGCAGAUCCAGACCUGGAGAUAAGGGUGUGGGGGUGGGGGGGGGACGGUCAUCCAGACCCUUAGAUAAGGGAGGGGCCGGUCUCCCAAAAAAUUUUUUUUGCCCCUUUGGGCCUCAGUUUGGUCUAAAAAUAAGGGGGAGGGCUCAGGCCCCCUGGGCCCCUCCCCUGAAUCCACUACUGUUUGGAAUGUAAUUACUUGAAAGGCUUCAUUAGAAUGACUACACAUCAUAGAAUUUUGCUCACAGCUAAAAUUGCACAACAUCAUGAUUUACUUCUACUGGGAGAGAAAGGAUUGAUUGAAUUCAGAGGACAGCGUUAUUUAUGUUGACAACAUUGAUUUCGGUUCCUCGAAAGGUGGUUAAGUUUAACCCAGGAUUAAGCCAAAUUUCAAGCAUGGUUUUCUCGUCUAAGAAUAUGCAACUCGAGGUUACAAACUGCUGUUGAGCCUUUAGUACGAGAUACAGAAAUGAUAACACAAAAUGUUACCCUAAGCAAUACAUAGGAAGAUAAAAUAUAAAAACGGAACAAAAUUUUAAUCCUGGAUUAAUGCUAAUCGGCCUUUCAAGAACCGGGCCCUGAAGGUCACAGGUUCAUCUCCUAUUGGCAGUACUCAGAUUUUUUCUUCUGGGCUGCCUGUGUCACUGACUGAAUAACAUCUUUCUCAAAAUUGAACUAGAUGUUGAAUAGCAUUGCCCAAUGUGUUUUUCCCCAGCUUCCUGACAUCAGGGCAGUGAGAGCAAGUUUCAAGAAGUUCCAGCGAGCUACUUGUCCCAGUACAGAGACAAACCUGAGCUUCAUUCAACAGGUUGAGGAGUCUGAAUGGCUUCCACAGGUUCGUGAAUGGCCAUGCAGAGUGUGUAGGGGUUUUUAGAAUCAGAGAACAAGAACAUUUUUUGUGAAAGUUAGUCACAGACAAUAAUUGUCAAAAUAUCAGUUCAAUAAUUGGUUAAUGGCCAUCUCAUUGCAACUAAAGGAAUACCACCCUCCAGUAUUCUCUUGGGUUGCAUUCCUUUGGGAUGACCUGGUCAGCAAUUCAAGAUCACUCGCAUCGUGUUGGGUUAAAGGAACCGAUGAAUCCUUUCCCAGAGUGGAUUCUCAGAUAAUUAAUCCUGAUUCGGAUUAGAUUCUAUUGGAAUUCACCAUCUUGGCACAGACGAUAAUGCAUCUUGUUUGCCCUCCAAAAUUUUGCAAGACUAUUGUUUCCAAUUUCUCCUGGGUCUUACAGUCGUCCUAAGAGAAAUCCAAGACAAUGGUUAUGCAAAAUGUUGGGGGGUAAACAUGGUGCAUUGUGGUCUAUGUAAAAAUAGUGAAUGCGCCCUUUCAUUUUUGGACCGUUUUUUUGUGAGUUACACGAAGGUGUUUAAGCCUCGCUCAGACUCCUCUUUGUUUAAUUUUACCCAUUAAUUAUGAACUCUUUCAAUAGUUAUCUGCAAUCAUGACAGUUGCAAACUGUUUUGUUGACCUGAUUGACAUCCAAGGAUCUUCAGUGCUUGUCUGCUUUGAAGAUGGAUGGGAUGCCACCGCUCAAGUAAGUGUCCAGUCAUUGUGGUUUUGUUUAUCACAGUAUUACGUGUCAAUUUUGUUGUGGGGAAAUCUACAGUGAGGGACAAAAGUGUUUAGAAACUUCUGUAAAAUGGCCUUUUUUUGCAUAGUGGACAUACGUAUCCCUUUCCCCUGUGUACCCCCACCCCCUCCCCCAAAAUCAAUGUUGUAUUUUAGACCCUUCAAACAACAUUGAUUCGGGGGUGGGGGAUUUACGGCGUUUAAAUAGCAUGAAAUAAUAAAUGAAUGAAAUUGUUGAUAAAAGUGCCCGUUUUAGACAAGUGUUCCUGAUUGUACCGAAAACUAGACCGCGAGUAGUCUCUCUUUUUCUUCAGAUUUAGUGAGGGGGGUGCAUGCACGCGCGAGUGUCGAGUGGCAAAGCCGCGAAACGCGAGAAACGAGGGCGCCUCUCCCGUCUCCUAACUUCAGCCACUCGUGUUGUCAUUUAAGUGUCUCACGCGUUUCACUCUACGGACUAAACAAAAAGAGAGACUGCUCGUAGUCUAGCGAAAAAAGAAGUUGCUUUGAAAUGAUGCGAUAUGCUGAAUCUUUCCAUUCCUGGCUCAGUUGUCAACAUCUUGAAGGCAGACUUCAACCUCAUACAUUCUAACCUUAACUCUGAGUAGAAUUUCUUCUACGCAUUUGUUACUCCCUUGGCUGUUUUCGGGUACAGGUGAUGUUGGUUGUCCAAUGAUUUUUUUGUUAUUCAAUAACUGACCUCAAUUUUCAGAUAUAGAAAAAAAUAGUCCAAGUUUGUUAUUCGCUAGCUUGUAUUGAAAAAUUAGCCAGUGGAAUUAAACCUAUCAGAAUCAUUAAUAUUUAUCCUUACUGUCUUUCCCUUUGAUUUCUUCCUUUAUUUAGGUGCUGUCUCUUGCAGAGCUCAUGCUUGAUCCUCACUAUCGGACAAUAGAUGGCUUUAAACUGCUGAUUGAAAAGGAAUGGCUAGCAUUUGGCCACAGAUUCACUCACCGUGGAAAUCAAACUGCCUCAGCACAAGCUGGAUUCACACCAGUAUUCUUACAGUUUCUAGACUGUGUUCAUCAGGUAUUUGUUUUGCUUAGAAUGAACCUCAAAGCUGUUAUUGAAAGGCAGUACUAUAUGUACUUGAGAAUAUUUUAUCAAUAAACCGUUUUCACAUUGCCACACAUUGUUUUUGUCAAAAAAUCUUUAUGUAACAGUCUAUUCACUGCAGUGGGGAUUUUUGCACAAUUAAUUGUGUGCAGAAAGUCGAGUUCAAGAAACAUACACUACAUACAGGGUAUAAUGCAGAAUGCAUCUUGUGCAAACUAUGGCAUUUUUGGUAGUUGAAAUGGAAGUGUCUGUAAUUAAACAACGAUGAUGAUGAUAAUAAUGGUGGUGACGAUGACGACGAUAGUGGUGGCGGUGGUGGUGGUGGUAACAACAAUGACAAUAGUAGUGUCAUUGAUGAUGACGAUGGUUUCUAACGUAAAAGUAAUGUUCUUUCUUAGAUCAUGCUCCAAUUUCCUUUGUCGUUUGAGUUCAAUGAUCACUUUCUGAGUACCAUAGCAUACCACCAUGUUUCUAUGAGAUUCCGAACCUUCCUUCUGGAUUCUGAACAUGAACGAAUGGAGUCUGGCUGGAUGGUGGAAGAGGAUGGGAAACCAAGAGGCAAAUCUUUAUGGGAUUACAUGGAUUUUCAGAAGAGCAGAUCACCAUUGUACAACAACUUUCUCUAUUCACCUGGUCUACACAAGGUUGGUCAUUUUACACGAAAAACCGCCAUGGUGCAUGAUCACUUAUUAUUCACUUGUGGAAAACAAGAGAAACAGAUAGUUUUAGAAAUUAAAAAGGGAAACACAGAUCGAAGUGUUGUUCCUUGGGAAGAAGGAGAAUCUUUAUCUCCGUUUCUGUUCCUCGCCCUCUUCCUCCCCGAUUUAGCCAUCAGCAAGAGAGCUUGCUUACAGGCGAGUGGAGAGUCCAAAAUUAUUUUCAUAAUCUCAGAUUCUUUGAAUUCACUAGGAUGAAAGGAAUAAUGUGUGCCUAAAUCUAGAUUUAGGUUUCAUCAAAUGUAUCCACUCGGAGGGUGAUUUUUUUUUAGAUUAAUUCCGAUCGUAUUUUUCUAUGAGAAGCGCGCUCUAAAUUGUCUAAGGAUGAUUAGCAAUAUAUAAGACCUCUAAAUAGCUAACAAGGCUGAUGUUGUUGUUGUUGUUGUUGUUGUUGUUGUAGGUUUUGCGGCCAUUCUGCAAAGUACCCAAUUUAAAGGUGUGGAAGUAUUACACAACAGAGAAUCUGUCAACAGGUCCAACAUACGACCUGGAGCUGAUUAAUAACGUCACAACCACCACAGAAAAUGAACAACAGAGUGGUGAUGGAAGACAGGUACUCUUCUUGCAAGAGCCAGUGUCAGUGUGCUCAUCCUUCUUGUUGAUAGCGAGCUUCCUAAUGAUUUAAGGAUUUAAAGCUACGGUAAAACGGACAGCAAAACGUGCAACAUUGCUGCAAAACGAUUCGACAAGGAAAUAUUGCGCGUUUUACCUCCCACGUUGAAACCCGUAUUGCAGUAAAUCAGGUUGCUGCUUGCAAGUUUCAUGAAUACUGACUCUGACUGAAUAAAAUUACGAGGGAGUCACUGUGUUACGUCACUUGCUGCAAAACAAGUUUACCUAACGGGUAAAGCAUACAACCUGUUCAAAUUUUGUUGCAAGUAAAGUAGAAAUACUCUCUACUCUGUGCAACAACGUUUUGCAGCCUGCAGGAGGCUGGGUUGUUGAGAGACAGGUUUGAACGUGGGUGGUGAAACGUACAUUUUUUUGUACAUUUUUGUUGCCCGUUAUACUGAAGCUUAAGAGCGGUCAGUAUCAAAGCAGAUCUUCACAUUCUCUGUUCUUUGUUCAAUGAUAACUAUCACUUGAUUGCGAGUUAUUUUUGGCUGGAAACCCGCUGUCACUCUCGCCCCUUGUAAGGGAAUCCAGAUUCCGGAAUCCGGGAAAUCUUUUCUUGUGAAAUCUGGAAUCUUGGAAGUGGAAUCCGGAAUCCCGCUAACAAUUGGAACCUAAAUUCCACUGAUGAAGAAUCCGGAAUCUAAUUUAUGAAUGUAUAAAAAUCGUAUAUGAGAACUGCAGGGUGAAGAAAUAUGGAAUCUAGUACCUGGGAUCUGGAAUUCAUGGCGUAGAAUCCAGAAUCCAAGACUGUCUUGGAUCCCCUCGCAUGGUGCAAGUCAUUCACACGCUGUAAAACGAAGACCAAAAACGGUCAGAGGUUAUUGAGACAAUGACUGGUUUUUGUCUUUAUUUCUAGGAAACGUAUGGAAGCUGCAUGUCUGGUGUCUAUGGUGACGUCACGCAAUUUUCAAAUGAUGAGUGUUCAUGGCUUCUUCAAGAACUGUACAGACUAGAGGAAGAAGCAGAUCAAAAACCCAAGAAGUGGGAACAUCACUGGCACGGCCUGUCAUGUCCUCCCAGAAAGAGAUUGGUGAGCUGUAUUAAGAGACAAUACGAAGUGUUGGUGUCAGUGCACCAGGCAUAAUGUUUUGUUUGAAAAAUUCCAAAACUCAGAGCACCCCGAUCAAAGAACUCCAAUCCUGUGAUACUUCUCCCAUUUUCGAGCAUUUCCGGGCAAUGGGUCACGACAUCAACCAACACAUAAAAGUUCUAUCUGACGAAAACAACACCAUUAAGUGUGGCGUCAAGGAGGCCAUUGCUAGCAAACAAAGUUAAGGACGAGGGACUGGGCCUACUAGCAAUUUACAAUUCUCUCUUGGGGAUACGUAACACGAUACGUAACACCUUCUCUGUUACACAACGUAACGCUUCACAACGCUGAUGAAGUUCAAACAAUUCGGACGAAAUAUUCGUUGUUUGUCUCAAAUUUUGCUCUUAGUUUUGAAAUUUUCUCUACUAAAAGAUUUAAUGUCUUCACAAGAGCAUGUGAAAAACCCUUUUGGUAAGGCAUGAAGUUGUUUCCUAGGAGUUGCAUUGUGUCUCUAUAGUACAUUCCAUGUGGAAAAGAGUAGUUAUUAACCUUUAUUCGUUAGUUGCUACCCUAGUGGAUUAAACUUAAUCAGCAAUCAGCGGUUGGUGGAUUCCCUGCGUAUGAUAUGGUACUUUCAUCCAAAUGAAUUCGAGGACAGCAAAAACUAGAAAAAAUAGUCCCAUUUACCAGCUGAGCUUUAUGGUGCCUUUCAAGGAAAAGCUCUUUUAAAAAAUAUUGUUUGCAAACACCCAAAAAUACAGAAAUUAUGUAGUAGUGUUGGAAAGCUGAAAGUGCAGCUGUAAAAUGGAGGGAAAGUGGAGUAGAUAUACCCCUUGUGGAUUACCGGUGCUGUUUCAGUUUUCAUUUCUCAGCAGUGACCAUUUACCAGAGUACUACAGGUCCCUAUUUAGCGGGUGGGUGGGGGGUGUCUUGUUUUUGCGGACUGGUGUAACCACCAAAUGAGGUAAUACAAUACCCACACUACAAACAAAAGCGAACCAACAAUGGUUUCCGCAGGGCCAAUAUACAAACCCGUUUUAGUCAUCAGUUGAGUGGGCAAGCUGCACAUGCGGGUAUGGCGAGAAUGGACGAAGUGAAAGGCCGCUUGUCAGCGCGACAAUUCUGAUGGCUUCCUAGCUGUCUAGCAGCCUCUAGAUCUUCAUUUCCAUUACUUUGCUUGCAGCCUUGGGUCUUGAACAGAAGGUGGAAUACCCAUCAACGCCUGAACUUUCACAAAAAAGGUACCAUGGAGGUCAUUCUUAAGGUAUGUCAUCUUAAUCAGUAUUUGUGCUAAUUACCGGUGCACUUGCGAAGAAAGAGAACCGAGUUUCCACGGGGAUUUUGACACAAUCCCUAGGCCUUCUGUAGAUUGGAAUCCCACUCACUUUGCUCGAUCAACACAACACCCUUUUCAUGUCAUUGUACUAUCUUCUAAAUUUAUUGAUGUUGUAAUUAUUCUUGGAGCAGGAGACGAUGAAAAUGUCUUGAAUCGUGUCCAUGUUAGUUGGAUCCAAUUUUAUAACGUGACAUCAACUAUAACAUUGUGAUUCCAGGGAAAGCUGCAGCUAGAGGAACGUGGAGCCCAGGGCUUCUCUCAACCUCACAACUUUGUAGCGCAUACUUUCAUGCCUCCCUCCAACUGUGAUCACUGCUAUCAGAUGAUCAUUGGGAUCUUGAAUCGAGGUAAAACAACCAGAAUCAAGAAAUAUGCUUCUAAAAUCUUGCCCUCUAGUCGGAUCGAUUAAUGUUUCUGGGAAACUGCCUACCUACCCCCGCCCCUAAGUCAACAUUAACACUUACCUCUCACUUUGGGCAAAAUGUUGGCUUAGGGGAGGGGUAGGUGGGCAGUUUCUCAAAAACCUGAGUUGAUCCAGAAAUUCACCAAAAAAUGCCCUUUACCAUAUUAUGGUGAAUUUAAAAUAAUUUGUCAGCGCAUGAUUUCCUACAGCUUUGGCAGUUGCCUCUGUCACUAUCACCUACUUCAUCAAGUGCUAUUUGUAACAGGUUACUGUUAGCAACAAUAAAGCAACAAAAAAUGUAGUUAUUUAGGUAACUAUUAUGAUUUAAUGUCGGUUUUUCUAAUGGGCAUACAUGGUACGUGGAGUCUUUGCCCUGUGUUGAAAACUAGUUGAAGCACGUAACAAAAUCUGUGCAAAUUUUCAGGAUUCAUCUUGUUAAUUAUAAUCGCAAGUGAAAUGUUUGUACAAACGCCUGCGAAUAGGCUUGUCGAAAAGCUCAUAGCUUACUUUGUUGCCUUUUGCAGGAAUGAAAUGCACAGAGUGUGGCUACAACUGCCAUGAACGGUGCCAGCCCCAGGUCCCUUGGCAGUGUAAGAAGCGAGAUCUACCCGAGCAACCUGGCUCUGGUAUGACCAAGAGUACAAUGAGCCUACCCAGUGAGGUCAGUAAUGUUUUAAUGCGUGGAUCAUUAAUUUUUCUUUUUGUCUCGUAAUGCAGAUAAAUGAGAGAAAUUUCCAAGAAAGACGUGGUUCAACUUAUCGAAAUUUGAUUCUUGUAAUUUUCCUGUUUCUAUAGUUUUGGGCCCCCUUUUUAAAGCAAUUUUGUCAUGUUUCGUUAAAUUAAUAACAAAUGAUAACGUAAUACUCCCGCCAACAAUUUCAACUUUUGUUGGCCAUUUUGCCUCUUCACCGUAAAGAAGAUACCAUGAAAUAAAGAGGCGUGCCCAUAGCAAUGAGGCAAUUGCUGUCAACCCUGCCCCUAAAUAAUAGAGAGGUUUAGAUUCUAAGACCAGGACAAGAUUUUCUGAAUACUAACCAGUGCGCGUGCGUGAACCAGCGUCAUUGUGGCGAGAAAACGCGAUAGCCUUCGUCAUUCUACUGCGGAGUUUAGCGAAAAUGUCGUAAUGACGGAAACAAGUUAUCAAAUGUUCGACGCUUUAUCAUUCUGCAUUCUGUUAGUGGGCUCAUCCUCCUUCAAUGAAAAUAAUCUCUUAACUAUUCUGGUGAAAAACGGGCAAUGAAGCUUUCCAGAGUGUCUAUUUUUUAAGCCCGAUACGCAAAAAAAAAGUCAAAUCUCGUCCUCGAAUCUGACGGCUUCUUUUAUGGAAGGUUCGUUGAGAAUAGUUAGAAAUAUAUCGUAGUUGGUAACAAAGAUUUCACGACCCACAAUUCCUUGGGGUAAUUUAUUUCCUACAUUGACAUUUCUCUUUAACAGACCGACGCAUCCCAAACUAAAAAACUUCACUGCGGCCAUCUUUAUAAGAAAGGACAUCUUCUAAGGCAGUGGAAGGCCAGGUGGUUUGUCCUGGAUACACAGAGAAAUCAGGUGCGUAAGUUUGUUGUUGUUUCUUAAGAGAGGCCUAUGGAAGGCUUCUUUCCAUGACGGCAGUGUUUGAUAUGAUUAGCAGCCAAUCAGAAGCUAAAAGGUCUGAGAUGCAUCCACGUGAUGAUUGUCAGACAGUCAAAAACCAUGCCUUUAUUGUUGUAUGGUACCGUAAAAUUCCGAAAAUAAGCCCCUCCAUGUAUAAGCCCCUCCAAAUAUAAGCCCCCCAAAAUCGUAACGCAAAAAACCCUCCGUUAAAUCGCCCCUCCGAAUAUAAGCCCCCCGGGGGGCUUGUACUUGGAAAAUUGCCCUCGAAUACUAAGUAAAAUAAAGCAAAAAUGGUAAAUUUCCCUCGCACUACAAGCUAGCCCAAUCGAUUUUGAAACGCAAAUUUCCCUCCGUACAUAAGCCCCUCCAAAAAUAAGCCCCUCAAAAAGAGCCUUUGAAAAAUAUAAGCCCCGGGGCUUAUUUUCGGAAUUUUAUGGUACCUUAUUAUGGUGUCGGACAAGUCGUCAUAGUUCUCAAGUUUCCAUGACUGUUGUUAUACAAGUGUUUCAGCAGUGUUCAUUCUUUUUGCUUCCGCCAGUAGCUGGGUCCAAUUUCUCCGUACGAACACCCCAGUAGUACAGAAGAGAUGAAAUUAACCCUUGUGGGGUUGGAAUCACAUUAGUGUCAAGAAGAAGCGAGUGUUGUAGCAGCGCGAUAUUAAUUUUUGUUUUUUUUUUUGUUCUCUUGGUUCCAAGGGUAGCAAACCUCCUGCAAUCCCUACCAUCGUAAUGCGGAGGGCACUUUUGUUAUGUGGACACCUAGCUCUGUAGUGUGAUUCCAUUACAACCAUUCACCUUUCAAUCCUAAUACUAAAGCGAAGAAAAGCAUAGUGCUGCUGAAGAGGUUUCGUUAACUCGAGGGAAUAAACUUGGAGCUCCGUAACAUUUGUGCAUAGGUGACUGGGGAGGUGAAAGAUCAUGAUCUCACCAGGCGUUGGUAUUACAAAGAGAAAUAACCAUGUUCGUCAAUUAUUAUGGCAAUCAAUCAGUGCACUCCACAGCAAUAGCCCACGUUCGAUUUUUUAAAAUUCUAACCUGACUCCGAGGCUUCCGGGACAAAAUGCAAAUUUUUCUCGACUCCAUUGUCUCGCAAUUCCCAAAAGAGAUUUGAACACACAAAAAAAAACAAACCGAAUAUAGAAAAAUGACCAGAAAGCCUCGGAAUCGUGUUAGAAUUUUAUUAUAUCGAACGUAGGCUGUUAUACUGAUGAAGUCGUGUCCCUUACACCCUCACAAUGUGUAAAGAGUUUGUUAUAUUUGCUUCUUUUCUUUUCUUUUUUAGCUGCGGUAUUACGAUGGUGAACAUGACCAGCAUUUACAAGGUUAUGUUGAUCUUGGAGAGAUGAUUGCGGUUCAAGCUCUCAACAGCAUUCCUCCUGGUAAAAGACACGAUUAACUUUACUCUGUUAAGUUUCCCCUGCUAAAAACCAGAUAAGACCGUCUUCAGUUCCACUGUUUUGCUUUUAAGUACCAAAUGAAAGUACUGCUCGAAGUUCUUAUUUAAGUGUUGAUGUAGUCCAGGCCCAGCUGUCAGACAAUUUUUGUUCAGCACAAUAAACAGGGCCACGCUAACCGGCUUUCAGUAGGAUAACUUCCACGGGUUGCUAAGUUAGAACCAUCUUGAAGGCUUAAUAAUAUAAGCAGUAACACGGAAAGAGCAUUGCUCGAUAGCUUUCACUAUAAAUGGUGGCAUAUCCUCAGACAUCAAAAUCUAGAAUCGUGUCACGUAACUCAAUGUUAAUCUACUGAACGAGAUAACUCCCUUUUUUAGUAAUCGUCUUCUGUUAGGUAUCAUAUCACUUCUGUCUUUUUUUUUGUAGGUGCUCCUAAAGGUUCAGAAAAAGGAGCCUUCUUUGAUGUGAGUUAAAUGUUAUUUAUUGCAACAAUGUUGUAAGCUAGACUUGUUUCUUUCAAAUGUCGUAAAACCAUUCUGAAAGUAAUCACUAGCCCAUCGCAACACGGUCGCAGGCAAUCCAAUCGACCGAUUAGAAGUGGCACAUUCAAAAAAGCUCAAAGCGGGAAAAAUCGUGCGUGGGAGUGACGACGUUUUUGUUUUGGCUUCUGACUGGACGAUUUUGCGGCCAAUCACACAGUGUGGCAACUAGAGGCUGCUAAUACAACCAAACUAUAAAUUGAAAUACAGUAGAACCUUGAUAACUCGAACUCGGAUAGCUCUUAUUUCCGCCUACUCGAACUAAAUUUAAAUUCCCUUAUCAAAAUUUCACUGAAAUUUACCCCGAUAACUCGAAAUUCCCGCUAACUCGAAUCGCUUUUCGUGUCUUUACCAGGGUUCUAGUGUUCCUAGUGGUAUUGUUAUAUUUCGUCCAGUGAUAGAGAUGCCUUUUCAUCUUCGCAUGACCCCUAUACAGGCUUGUUAAACUUGUUUUAAGUAGAACGGGAAGGCGUAAGAUUAUAACAUCAUGCAUUCCCUACUUGCAUACCACAAUGAAUAAGACCCUAGACUGUAAAGUUUGUCGUAAGAUCGUCAGGAUCGAGCGCUUGCAGUUACGGGCGGACAUCUUGGUUUGAUAAGUGCAAAGGGAGCGGUGUGGUUUUUUGCGGUGGCCACCCACCGCAAAAAAAGGUAGGUAGGUAACCUGCGAAAACAAACUUCUCCUCCCAAAAAGCGCCUCCCCCCCCCCUCCCCUUUCGCCCCCUAAGUAGAUUUGACACUCAUCCAAGAUGGACGUCCGUUACGCAAAGCACUCGAUCUCGACGGUCUUGCGGAAAAAGAGGGACUGAACGGUCUAAUAAAGACCUUUUUUAUAGUGAAAAUCUGACUUGAGAGGAAGCUUUUCUUUUAAUCCAUGGGCUCUUUGACCUUUAACAGCUAAGAACAACAAAGCGAGUCUACAAUCUCAUGUGCGAGAGUCCUGAAGAAGCUAAAAUCUGGGUGGAAAAGUUGCAAAAUAUGAACGUUUGAUGUGCUGCGACAAAUACGAGCGACUACAAAUUACAAGCUUCAUCAACGAUAUGAUAAAGAAUCCACUUCUGAUAUAUGUCAUUGAAAUAAGUUCCAGUUCAAGAGCAGUUCAAGGGGAAAUGUUAUUACGAAAGGACAGUACAGUAAGCCAUAAACAAAGUACACUAGAACUCAAUGAGGACAGAGUAAUCAAGACAAGAUUCUUUCAGCGUUGCUUUUUAGAUCUUUCCACUAUGACCUUCAGACAGGAAGUCAGGGACAUUUCAGUUAUGCAAUUUUGGUCACCGCAAGAGCAUCAGUUGUACUUUUAUAUUUCGUAAACAGCCAAGCGUAUAGUUUAUCUACACAUCACAAGUUCAUUGUGGCAGUUUUGGGAGCACACAUUGUUUCCCAGUGGUAGAUGGUGUCACAGUUGCGUAAAGGUAGGGAGGACCAGCACUGCUACAAGUUGACCGUUUCACUUUGUUUUUUUUCUUUUUCGUUCGUUUCUUAAGUUUUUUUAUAGCCACGGUGCUAACAAACUGCAGCAUUUUUCAUUAUUUUUCCUUUUAGUCAAUUCCUUAUCGUGCCUGAUUUUGGAAAAUUAAUUAGAAUUGUACAUUUUAAUACUCUUUGGAACCAUAUGUAGUAGAACACACUAUGAUAAGAUGGCAUUUGGAUUAGCAGAUACACAUUUCCCAGUUCACGAUACUUUUGAACUAAGUCAACAAAUUGUGGAAAUUUUUAAUAAUAAUGGCUGGUGGAAGAAAUGAUUGAAUGGUUUCCGCAUGUCAGAAAUAGCAAUUUUAGAUUAAUUUAGUCAAGUGAAACGUUAUAAGAUAUUGAUAUAUAAUUUUUAACCUUGUGAGAGAUUUUAACAAGAUAGAUGCAAUGUUAAGCUUUGUAUUUAUGAGAGUGAAUUUGCUGGAAUAAGCUAUACUUCUGCGUUCCGUGUCUAAACUGCUCUCGUCCCCGAUGAAAAUUUUAGAGGUGGGAAGGGCAGGUGAACCCCUUAAAACCAUAAGGAUUCUCUAGAGUAGCGUUUUCACGCAACUCUGGAGAAUCCUUAGGGUUUUAAGGGAUUCACCUGCCCUUCUCACCUCUAGUUGUAACGAUUUAGAAUAGUUUAAAUGGAACUGCUGUACCAUAGUGGUGUAGGCACUUUUUUGUUGUUUUGCCGAGACAAACUGUAUUAACGCUGAGCAGAUGCCAUUUUUCCUUGUUCGUUUUCCAUGCCCUUAUCUAUGAAAAUUUCAAGGAUCUCU